AUGCACUCCAGUUCAGACCAAUCCCUCACCCGCUCUCUCACACCAAACCUCUAUUCCCCGUCCAGCCGUGGUCCAGGGGGUCAGACACACGUCCACUCCUCUCUGUCGCUCCCCGAACCUGAGGCCUGGAGGAAACCCAGCCCCGCAGCUCGUCAUGGCCUGGCACAAGGAGCCCGCUCCUGCUCCCUGCAGGUCCCGCACACGGCCCCGGAGUACCUCGGGCUGCCCCCUCGAGCCGCCAGCUUUGACGUGCCCUGCUGUCAUGAUGAAGUAUCUUCAGAUCAGGGUUCAGGGUCGCUGAGCCCGCACGCCAUGCUGCGGAGGAGAGGAGGACUGGUGGAGCAGAAGGACAUCAUCAUGGCUCACCAGGCUCACAAAAUCCAGAGCACACCGCAAGCCCGCAGGAAGGAGUGGGAGUAAGUAUAAAAGAGCUUCAGAAGCAAAGGAGUCCUCUUUAAUUAUACGUGUAAAGAUGAUAAAUCAGCAUGGAGGUGGAUGAAAGUGCCACUGUAAAAGAACCGCACACUUUUUAUGCUGUAUAUCUUCUCAACCUGUUGAACCUGUUUUUUGGUUUGCCUCUGCAGAAGUCACUGUAAAGCUAUUGCACUUUAUUAAAAUGUAAACAAGUCUGAAGGUUUUUGAAAGUUAUACAAUUGAUAAAAUGACUAACAGAUUUUACAGAAAAUUUAAAAAAAAAGUUGCCGAAUUUUUCUUUUGAAGUAUGAAAACCUCGCAGAUACUUGCUUAUGUCAGGUAGAUGCGUCAACAUCUAGAAUUUCCAGGAUCAUAAGUCAGUUUGUGUUUCAGCUCCAAAAAAAAAAACAACUUCCUCCUCCUAAUGAUGGGAUGUCUCACUCUCCCGAGUGCACAUUUUUUUUUUUUUUUUUUUUGUGCAGUGACUUUUUUUUUUUCACAGACAAGUGAAAAUCUAGAAAAUCAGGGAAAACUGUGGAGGGUGUGCGCAGCCCUGAUCUCGUUGUUGAGAGCCAAAAAUGAACAAGCCACUCAGUACUAAUCCAACAAGUGAGCAACAGGCAGUGUUAGUGCUUCUGUGCUUUUCGUGGGUCUUUGCAACAUGAAAUGAGUAAACAUCAUAACAGUUAUAAAAAUUGUUUCUGUUUUUUGGGUUUACUCGGCCUCAGACAGGAAACGGUCCAGAUCAGUUGUCACUGCCCUCACUGCAAAUGUAGCUCCAUUCAUCAGGUUUAAUUCGAGGAAGGAGGGACGGUAUUUGUUUCCUUUUGUUUUAAAAUAUCAACAAACUUCCACCUGAAUAAAAGCACUGGUUUGUCUGAUUAGGAGUUUUUGAUCCCCCUAGUGGUAAAAACUUGUAAGGUAUUUAGCAGGGAAAAAAUAUAAAGGUCACAAGGGGAGUUGUAGACCAACCAAGUAUUUGUUUGUUUACAUCUUCCCAAACAUUGUAUUGUAUAUUUUGAAGCUACAAUGAGUAUUAAAUCUGCAGCAACACUUAGAAAUCUGUGUUUUUGCUUCUAUCAGGCUUCGUAUCGCCUUUAGCAGCACAUUUCUCCACUUCACAUUACUACUCUACACAUUAAUAUUCCUCACACUGUUGCAGUGCCAUCUAUUGUCAUUGACAGUAUGAUGUGUAAAAAUUAGUGGAACAGUGUGCAUGUGCAUCCUUUUGCGUACGACCCCCUCUCACUUGUCCCGUAGUGCUGAUAGAGGUCAAAAAAAUCUCCACAGUGCUGAAAACAUUAAAGUUCAAGGGUUCAGAUGAUUAGCCAUGCUGGUUUGAAGUAUAACACUUGUCACUGUUGUGUUGUUGCUUAGCUGCAGAGUGCUUAUCUCACAUUGUGCCCCACUGUAAAAACACAUAUGCUGAAUCCUUUGUUUUCGGUAUUGUUGUACUUCCUCCAGUGAACCACAAAUGCUUUCAUCAGCUGUUGUGAUGUUGUUGUUGUUGUUAUUGUUUGUUGGGGUAUUUAUCCAUUUUAUUUCUAUAAUGCCUGUGUAACAUUAUUGGCUGCAGUCUCCUGUAAUCAGAUCUGGAUAGCAUAAUUAAUGGUGUAACCAAGGGUGCUUGCAGGUGAACUUUUGAACUCUGGAGCCAACAUUGCUCUGAUUAUCAGCUUCCCACCACUCCAGCAUGAAGUGGUACUCCAUCAGCGUAACCCCAACCCACGAACAAGCUCCCUCCCUCCCUCACUCCUACUCCUCCUCCUCCUCCUUCUCCAUCCUCUGAUUUCUUUUAAUUUUACCUCCACUACCCACUCCACAUCCACUUUACACUGCUAUGAUGUAAUUCUCUCCUCCUCUAUCCCUGCCUUCUCUUAUUCUGACAUGAGCAAACACAGUAAUAGUCUGCAAUCUGAUUUGUUUUCCCAUUUCCAUAUAAUCUGACUCGACUGCGUUUCCAUCUAUACCACACAGAGGUGUAAAACAUGAAACGGUGAGCUGAUGAAAAGCAGCUGCUCGUUGACUACUCUGCAUGUAUUGUGGUUAGUUGUCCAUUAGGGGAUGCUAGGGAAUCAAAGUAGGAGAGUAGCAGGGAGGCAGUAGAGGACAUUGUAUGAGCUGAACAGCAGAGUUCGGAUGUUGUUUGGCUUUUCUGACAUUUACAUUUCUGAGACGUUCUCAUACUGACUUUGAUUUGAGGAAAUAUCCCAGUUGAUUAGUGAUAUCAAAUGUCCACAUAAUAAGAUAUCUUUCAAGUGAGAUCAGCUGAUUUAUUACAAUGAACUUUUGAAGCUUCGCUGAUUAAUUUGAAACUUUUGUCAGCUUUAAUCUUCAGGGUUGUAAGACAGCUGAUUUACUUUAAAACCCCAACCACAAUGCAAAAUAUGCUUAAAGGUAAACUCAGACGAAUCCGCAACAAUAUGCAAUAAGUGGCAGUUAUUGGUGGAAUCAAACUGACAUAACUCAGUACUAGAGGAUGUCUGUUGCUAGGGAACAGAGAGAAAAAUAAAAUGCUAAAGCCACUCCAGUCAACGUUGGAUGAAAGCCUGGCUGCAAUUAUAUAAAUGCUCUUCAGAGUUCUGCCACAAAGCAGGUCCAUUAACGUUUAAACGCGCAGUGCCUGUCACCUGCUGCAGGGCUUCAUCUGUCUUCCUCCACUACAGUUUUUCCCAAGGUGUUCCUUGUUCAGCAGUAGAUAGGAACAGGUCUGUUUCCGAGAAACUACUUGUGUUUCGCAGAAGAGAGCUACUGUACCUUUAUCUUCAAAGUAUGAACCUUUUUUUUUUUCUUUUUUUUCGCUUUGCCUUCAUGUUUCAAAGUUUUCUCGGGCCCAAGCAAAUAGAAGCUUUUCUGCAGUUUACACAGCUAUUUUUAGCAGACUUUGAGUAGGCUGUGCUGGAGAGCAGAACAAAAGCAGACUCCAUGUGGUCAAUCUAUACAGUACAGUGGAUCAUCAUCAUACAGACAGGGCUGUGAUGUAGUGUGUCAGCUUCCUGAAGACGGCCAAUGACCUUGAUCAAAGUGUGUGUGUGCGUUUGUGUGUGUUUGUAUGUGUAUGUGUCUAAGUGUGUGUUGGGAGGAACAGAUUUCUGUAGGAUGAAAUUGCUCCAUUGUGCAACAUGGCUUUUGUUGGCAGAAAUGAAAAGAACGGAGCAGGAAUUCAAGAGAGCUAUGUCGCUAUGGAAACAACAGCAAAGAGAGCGCCGGAGACAGAGAUAGAAAGAGGGGAGAUAUUUUCUGUUUGCAGAGAUGGACAAAUAUUUGUUAGUUGGGCGUCAUACAAGUCGAUUAAGUUUAAUUGUUUCUAAUGAGCGCUUAUGUAACAAGUUCUUAAAGUGGAGAUGGGUGUGAGAUAUAUGUGUGUGUGUGUCACUUACAGUAAUCAAACUGACUGCUGAUUGCCACUCUGCUAUUUUUACACACUGCACUGAUAGAUCACUCUUGCCGUUGCGUUGCUCACCUGCUUUGCAUGAAGUGACACACCCCGCCUGCUUCAUGCAGAUGAGGAAGAGGAGGGAACAGAGUCACGGAUGGAGCCCAGUUAGGGACGUAUUCAUAGAUCCUGUUAAAUCAAUGAUUUUUGCCUCAUCUCCCCCAGAUCUCGACUGGUUUGCCAGGCAUACAUUUGUCACUCCCUCUUGGCUUGCUUUCACGACUACCACACCACCCCUCCUGUCAGAGCCUUGCCAGUCUGCGCUCUGCAAUACCUGCCUUGAUAUGUUUUUUAUGUCAGCUCUUCAAGUGGAAAGAGGUUGGGUUUGAUUUUGAUUGCUUUUAUUUAAACAGCAUCGAGCGGGCCCCCCCCCCCAGUUGAAUAAUCUGAUGUGUGUGGGGGCUGAAGUGGUCAUCUUGAGGGAACAGUGGGGAAGAGAGCAGAGCAGCAGAUGGAGCGAGAGAGCCCAGUUGCCUAAUGAGGUCUCACUUGUGGCACCGAGUGUGAAAAAGACCCUGCUUCUCUUCUCCGCUCCCUCAAAAAAGGGAGCAGCCCUAAGAUCUAUUUCAUGCUCUAUUUUUACCUCUCACUUUUACUCCAAUAUUAGCACAAUGGCCUACUUUUUAAAUGUUUUAAUAGUCUGUCUCCAUUAAUGAAAAUAUGACAAUGCUCUCUGAUUAUUAGAUCGUGAACAGCUCGUGCAAAAAAUGAGUCAAACCCCUGAUCUAUAAAUCGCCUUAAAUGUUAAGUCUCUUUCAUAUAUGCCCACUUGUUGCCCUUUUUUCUGUGCAUUGUGCUCUUUGUAUUGGUGUUAAAUGUAUUUUCACACUUGUUGUCUUGCUGCUGCACCCACUAACAUCUUUACAUAAUUGUUUUGGAGCCACAUACCCACACAUCCUGGUGCAUAUAGGCUCCCUUUUUUUUUUUUGUUUUUUGUAAGGCAAAUGUUUUUGUUCAUCCUCAGCAAACUCUAAUUGCUAUGGUAACAAAAUACAUGUACCUCCUCUCCAACCAGCCUCCAUUCAGAUGGAUUUUGAAAUCGCCAUCAUGACAUGUAACUGUGGGAGGAGGGGGCUCGUGCGCUCCUGGCUGCGUGAUAAUUCUUCCAGCAGGUGUUAGGAGUGAAAGAUGCUUCUGAUCUGGCGAUUCAAACAAGCUCUCUGACAACAUUUUUCAGCCUGAUUUAGACAUCAAUAUCUGACUCAGUUUUCUCAAAUACUGGUUCUAACGCGAUAACUGGGCUUCCUUUUUCGUACGAGAUCUUCCUUUUCUGUCAAGUUUUCUCGGUCGGGAAGAUGCGUAAAGUUUGCCAAGACUUGCCUCGGAGGUCUCCAUCUAGUUUGCGCAAAGUGAUUUGUGAUUUUUUCUGAUGAAAGCGAGUUUGGAUGUUCAUAGAAAAACAACAAGGUGUAAACUCAGUGGAUCUUUUUUUUCAUCCUUCUCUGCAGCUUGACUUUACAGACGCGCGCAUUAAAAGUUGCUCAGAGCUGAUUGUAAGGCAGAUGGGACAACAGAGAUGCUUUGGUUUUUCAGUCACCGAUAAACAAAUGGAUGUUUUGCCCCGUGCGUUAAAGUCAUUUGAAUCCUGUACUUUACUUCUUCACGUGGAUAUGGAGUGAAAAAAAAAAUCUACAACUUUUGGGGGGAAUUUUGGCGCUCGAAAAGCUGUCUUGUGGAUUGAAGGUGCAUCUUUUUUCCCCCCUCUCUUAACUUUACUUCACAUUUUUCUCCCUCCUUGAAACACUCUAAGCCGGCGGUGUCCUCAUCUCUUUGUAGAAUGGCUCGCUUCGGAGACGAGUCCGCUCCCACCACGGUGGACUCCGGGGAUGGGGACGUGGAGCGCAGCGGGGACGCACAGGACGCUGCAGCGGCGGGACUGACUGCCUCUAUGAAACAAGCCAAGGCGCAGCGGGCCCGGACCAUGGCUCUGUACAACCCCGUCCCCCACCGGCAGAACUGCCUCACCGUCAACAGGUCGCUCUUCAUAUUCGCAGAGGACAACAUCAUUAGGAAAUACGCACGGAAAAUCAUUGAGUGGCCAUAUCCUUCCAUAAAAAAUCAGGAGAGAUAAGUUGAAAGUUGUUUUCUCACUGGUGGCAAUAGAAAAUGCAUGGUGGUUUGCCGUCUGUUCAGCACCAUGGAGAGCGACAGACGGUAUGGCUGCAGCUUAAAAAUACAAAUCCCUACAAUCAAUGUCUGAAAAGUGCCAAAAGUGCGUUUAGGGGCCUUUUACCUCAAUACUGUCACUGUGUUUUGUGUGAUUUUAUUGUAUUUGCUUAUCUGCAGCGCAAACUCCAUCAAUCCAGCUUCCAGAUUGAAAAGCAGCACCUGAAUCAAACACACAACAUCUGAACUAAACCUCCUCUGCUAACUGUAACCUGCCCUGAUUAGACUCAUCUGUGGGCUCCAUGUGCUGGCAGCAAACACAAAGUUAGCAUGUGGUGAUCAUUAGAAGCGGCUCUGCUCACUGUGGGGGAGGCAUGUAGGCACAUCUCUUGCUUGCCUUAGUGCUCAUUGGAAUAUGAACCUGGCCAUGAGUAGGUGUCAGUUCAAAUCCAACAGGCAGUAUUUCUCUGCUUCCUGCUGCAGCAUUGGCCAACACUUUUUUUUUCUCUUUUCUGUUGAACUUCUGCAGAUCUAAGAAGGAUUAGCAGGGAAGUUACUUUACCUGAGGCAGCAGCACAGUCAGAUAAUGUUUACAUACAGUGCUGUAAAAGUCCCUCAUUUGUCUACCUAACAAUCUAUCUUUUUAAUACAUAUAUUUGCAUUUUUAUUCACCUGCAUUAGUAUUUUUCAUGAUAUAUAAGUAAAUAUGCAGGCCUUUCAGUGGUGUAAUCAGUUUAAAAACAUUAUUCAGUUGCCUCUCCUGCCCACUGCUCCUCCUGUCUUACACCCCCUUCAAUGCAACGUGCCAGUCUCCCACUGUUAUCUAACCACAGGCUCUGUGUGCUGUGUGGGAGUGGGUCUAGUGGUCAAGACUAGCUGGCCACUGGCAGCUUGGUAAUGUGACUGUCGGUAUCACAGAGGCAGAGGUAUGUGGGAGAGAGCUGGCCAGUAGUACUGUGGUGGAUUGUGGGCUGUAAAAGCAGCACAUGUCAGAGUAUUGACUGGAUGAGACCCAGAUAUUUGCGCUCGGUGUCCAAGUUCUCAGUGAAAACAGAUAUGGAUUCACAGCAGUGGUGUUUCUUUGAUGGUAAUGUUGCUGUAUGGACACAGUGGAGUGUUGCCACGGGACACUCUGGACUGUGAUUCCCCAGUUUAGGCCACAGUGUCUGCACCAAAGGGUAGAUCUUGGGAACCAGUGUUCCUACAUAUAAGAGAUCAUGUGUGAUGGGCAGGUUGUUAUAUUAAACCAUGAGCUACAGUAAGAAGUUUAUUAUAGUGUCAAUUUAACUGAUAAAGUGAAUUUGCAGUGAUUUGAUGAUUGACUAAUAGACAGUGAAAUCCAUAAAUGAGGCUGUGUGUUUUAACACAAUAAAAUAUAGACUGAUUGUAAUUCAUAAUGAUGGGAUUUUAAAAUUUUCCAUAGCCUCUGUAUAGCAGACCAUUAAUGAUUAUAAGCUGUAAAGAGAGACAGUGGUUUUCAUUGAUUUGCAUAAAACAAAAGACCACCUUUGGAGACUUGUGGGAUUGUGUUAUCUAUCAUUGUCCAUGAAUUACUGCCAGGGUAACAAUAUGAAUUUGACAAAAUUAAUUCAGAAGUUAGCUGCAGGGAGUCGUAGGAGUUUCAAACAACAAAUCUGAACUGUAUUUUUAUCAAGCAGUGAGUGCAGCCAGAAUAGAUCAGAAACGGCAGAAACGGUUUCUUCUGUAAUCAUUUAAAAAUCUUAAAUUCACUGAUUUCAUCUCCUGAAUUUUUCUUUUUCUUAUGUGAUUCUAAAGCUAAUCUUUUCGGGGGGUUGAACAGCUUUUUAACAAAACAAGCAUUUUGGGUCUUUGUAUAAUGAGUUACUGAUUUCCAUAUUGUGCUAAAAUUCAUGAAAGUCAAUGAGAGAUCAGAAAAUCAAGUUACGUAAAGUAUGCAUCAAGGCUAAGAAAGCGGUUAACAGUAGGGGAUCUGUCUCCAACACAUGCAUAAUCUCUGGUUAGCAUUGUAACAGGUAACAGGUAGUGACAGGGUGGGCGAGAUUUAUUAAGUAUUUCCCACUUUAGCUAUUUUUGACUGCUUUCAGUGGCAACAAUGUGGACUUGUCAAUGUGAGUCAGUGUUGCUCCCUGAGGCCCCCAUCACAGCUCUCCUCUGUGAAUCAGUGACCCCGUUUCUCUCAAGGCAGGAAAAUUAAUAACAAGAAGCAGCUGCCUCAUGGGAACUCCGACCACAGAGAGUCACAAGCACAAGUAUUGGGGAUCAUUGUCACACCAAGAGCAUGCUGGGUCAUAAGUAUACAUGUGCUGUCACAGAUUGAAGCUUUACUUUGAAGUUUAAGUUGAAGUUUUGGCAUAUUUGAAGAAACAGGGCUGCACCCACUUGUUAUCGGGAUUCUUGAUAAAUUUUUAAAGUUGUUGUGAAUGUCCCACAAAACUUUCAUGACAGCUCUAGAUGGCAUCACCAAAUCACCUUGUAAAUGUCAUCAACUUUGAGUACAAAACAUAAAGACAGUUAGGUUUGAGUGGAGACUGACAUAGAAGAAAGUCAUAACAGGUGAAAAAAAAUUUAUACUUUAUAGUAUUGACCAGCUCAACAUGCUGUUUUUAAUAUUUUAUUGCAAAUUACAACACCUGUUACUCAUUUUAAAAUUUGUAAAUCUCUAAUUUUGCAACAAAAUUUCUGAUUCAUAAACCUGAUGUUUUAUAUCAUCUGUCUAUAUUUGCAUCAGCUCUUGCAUCGAUUCUUUUGGUUCUCAGACUUUCCUACCUCAACCUUCCUGCUGAUGGUUAUUUUCAGUUAUGGCUCAGUGGAUAAAAUGAAAGAAAAAAAAAAAACAGAAUGUAAUGCCCAUUGCAGUUUUUCAAAGAUGAUCUGGACAUAUGACUGUUUGUCUAACCCAAUACUACAAACCAAGUGGCAGCUGUGACGUCGACUAGUCAGUGAUUGAGGAAUUCUGUCUGUCUUGUGACUUGAGAAGCAGAAAAGCAUUUAGAGUUAAGAAACAAUGUCUCACAGCAGACUGCUGGCUGCAGCAGACACCGGUUAAAGUUAAAUGUUGAGCUCAGGGUUGCAUUUCAACCGACUGUGUUUCAGCUUUUUCACUUAUACCACAUUUUUGAUUUUUGAACUUGAGCACGGCCCAUGGUGACUGCCUAGUUUAAAAAUUCAUCCUUUAAAAUGAACAGUUUCUGUUUUUUUUUUUUUUUUAGUUCAAUGUUUGUGGGUCUUUUAACAAUUUAAAUAUUGAUGUUUGCCGAGGUGCCACGAUCACGAUCAAAAUUGAUUCCAGAUCAAACGGUCCACGCUGGCUGCUCCUCUUUAGCAGCAAAAAGACUUGAAAGCUGUGAGUUUGUGGUGUGCUGUGGCGGAUUUGUACUUUGUGUAGUUCAACCAGCCAGGCCAAGGUGACCAUGCAGCGCUCUCUCUAAAUAUAUCUCUGCAUUUCUUUGUCUCUCUCUCUCUCUUUCUGUCCCUCUCAGUCUCUCAGUCUCCCUCUGUCUCCGUCUGUCUGUCUCUCUCUUUCUCCCUUGCUCUCUCUCCCCCUGACUUGCUCUUUUUCUCUUCAUGAAAAGCACUUUUAAAAGCAGGUUGCCAUGGAUACUGCAAUCUCUCUAACAGAUUGCUUCCAAUACCAGAGAAUAUGAACCGUGCCAUAAUUCAUCUGUCAUUUAAUCGUCCAUCCAUCUAUGCUUUUUUUGCCCUUUUCAUGGUAUCAUGCUCUCAUCUCUGGAAACAUCUCUGGAGUUUAGAAAAAUAAUAAUGUAUAGGUCCCUAAAAAAAUGAGCAUCAUGGGUUCUGUUGUUAAAUACAUGCUCAAGUGUUGUCUGUUAUGUGAUCAUGACUCCCUUAUAUAAACUCAGCAUCCUUGGAGUUAUCUCUAUAGGUUUGUUUUGCACUUACAGCGUGACAAAAGCCCUUUCCUUAACUUCAUGGCCUUUACACCAUUUGAGUACAUGAUCCUGGCCACCAUCACCGCCAACUGUGUUGUCCUGGCCUUGGAGCAGCACCUCCCCGGAGAGGACAAGACCCCCAUGGCAAAGAGACUGGUGAGGACAAAUUACCUUUUUUAUCUUCCCAACACAGAGAUGAGGGUUUGUGAUCAAGGACAUGAAAAAUAAAAAACAGACAACAGAGAAAUUUCAGGGACAAAUUGAAGUCUGGUGGUGAGGACAGAUAAUCAAGUGCUGCACUUAGAGACAGUGUGUUAGAGCUAGGAGGACCUAUUUCCAGAGAGAGGAAAUUCUCAUUAGUUUGGCUUUAUUAGUGUGCUAAUAAAGUGACUUUUUAAAAUCAUGUUUUAUUUGUUUUUAAUUUUCAAAAGGAAACGGGAGAGCCAAACUUAUAUAAAAGACAAACAAGCGUCAUCAUGUGGGCUUAGAUAGAUAGAUAGAUAGAUAGGAGACUAAAUUUAACUCAAAGUGGGUUAUAAAGUGGUGCCAAUGAAUUAGGGGUUUUACAUAUACUGUAUGUGACUCAUCUUUUAUAGAUUUACCUUUUGGCUUGGUGGUGUUGAGCUUAUCUUUAAUUUUGUCCAUAAAUGGUUCCCUUGUUCACUGAAAUUUAUCAGAGUCAUCUUUUAUAAACCUUAGUUUUUUCAAACCUGAGGUGCUGCAUCUUGUCUCCCAGCCAACGAGUCCAGCUUGAGGGAUGAUUUGAUUUUUACUGGAGGAGAAUCAGCCUUUUAACUCAAAGUUACAGAUUUUGUUAUUCUAAGAUCGGUAACUGAAAGGUCCUUGUUUUUUUUUUCUUUAGCAUUUGUCAGAUCAGGUUGGACUGCCAAACUGAAAACAUCAGACGGAGAGAGAUUUUGGAAAAUUGAGUUCCAACAAGUGGAAAGACUAUUGAAGUGUAUUUUACAGAAAACUUUAAGCUACAGUUAACUAUAACUCAUCCCACUGUGCAAUGCAAUGUCGAAAUGACAUCUAUUUAACGUAUUUUUUCGACAAUGAGGUACAAAUGUAGACGUCAUUUCAACGUCUAAAAGAGGUCCAAUAAUGACGUCUAAAUCUUGGAUCCGAUGUCUAGAUUUGGUCUUCAGAUGACGUCCAAAUUCUAAACAUCAGAGAGACGUCUAAAAAAGCUCCAAUUUGGACGUAGAAAUUUCUAACCUAUUUUGCACGUCGCACUGACAUCUAGAUGUGGUCUUUGAAGGACCGACCCAAUACUGACUUGAUCUGCACGUCUCUUCAACGUCCGAUGUUUGGUGGGAUACUCUUGAUUAAUGCCACAGCAGUUAGUCUUUGUCUAGAUUUAUCAAUUACACAUGCAGCCAAAGCAGCUGACUUUGAUGGAUGAACAACAAAAGUAGAUAUAUUCAACAAAGAACAGAAAGUCUGUGGUUUGUAGACACACACUAAGCAUUGUGUAGAAAAUUGUUUGAGAUGCCUUAAACAGUUGUAGAACUGCUGCAUAACGGCAAAACCAUCCUUGUCAGAGUUUCUGUAGACUGCUUCCUGUAUUUUUCAUUUAAGGGCCGAUAAACAUUAUGAUGCAACUUACAAGAUAUGCUUAAAAAACUUUAAAAGUUGUGAUAUGAAGGUAAUUGCUGUUCAUUAAUGCUGUUGAAAAAAGGUAUUUAUUUGUCUCCUGGUUUUCAAAAGCUCUUCCACGUUCUAAAUUUGAUGUGUAGAAAUCCAGCUUGUGGUUCCUCAAGGAGGUCCACCAUGUUUCAACAGUCUAUGAUGAUAUUUUAAUCAACCAAACACUUUAUUGAAUGUUGUUGAAUUUCCUCAGCCUGCCAUGAUUCAGACCCAUCUGGUUCUGAAAGAGUUACUUUGAGGUAGCUGAAGGUUUCAGUGCAUGCUCAGUACACUGUGAAGAAUUUGAACAGUCACCUUCAUUUACAUGUUGUGUCCCAUUCUGUUAUGCCCUCUCACUCUUUUCAACUAUGGUGAAAUAUCUCCCUUAAAAUAUCCUUUACAUUAAACAGCAGCGUACAUUUUUAAAACGGGGCUAACUUAAUGUCAAAACUCUGAGUCUGUUGUGUGAAAAGGUUUACAGUUGGACUGCUUCGCAAUCAAGAUUUAAUGUGUGAAGCCGAUGAAUCAAACCUAACACGCUGUCGUUUGUCAGUUGUACAUUGUUUGUACUGAGCUGACCCGUUUCUUGCACACACUUCCCACAGGAAAAGACAGAGCCCUACUUCAUUGGGAUCUUCUGCUUCGAAGCGGGGAUCAAGCUGGUGGCUCUUGGUUUUGUUUUCCAUAAAGGGUCGUACCUGAGGAACGGCUGGAACGUCAUGGACUUCAUAGUCGUUCUCAGUGGGUAAGUGAAAUAUCAGCCGGCCUCAAUGACCCUCAUAUCAACCUUUGUCUUUGUUUUAAAUAUCAUCCUCCUCAGAUUCCUAAAUUACUAUUUUCUUCAUGUGCUGAUGAAGCAGAUUUGGAAACAGUUCUUAAACACUUCACUGUAAAUAACGAACAGUUUGACCGUGGGCAAACCAAGUUGAUGCUUAGUGUCUGCACUUUGGCUUUUGUUUGGCAGUGGUGUCUUCUUACAGAAAACUUCUCACAAAGAUGUCCCACGGUUUGUCUUCUAUCAGAGUGAUUAAUAGAUCUUCCUCAUCGCAGUCUCGCUUGAAAAAAGGCCUAGGUGUGACUAAUAAAUUGACAAUGGCUCAGUUCCACCAGGUUUUCAUUACAGUGCCAGUUCCACCCCAGAGCUGGCUCACCUAAAUGGAACACAGCCAUUGUUAGGAUUAUUAAUUACAUCUGUACUUUUCUUAUUAUAGCAUGUGCUAAUGUCUGCUGUGUGAAGGGUAUAUUGGACCCUUGCUGUUAGAUGAGGAUUCAAGCAGUUGCUACUAUUGAAGAUGUCACUAAUAGUGGAUGUUUUGACUGCUAGAGGCUGGAGUUGUCAUAGUUAUCCCUCCUAUAUGUAUUAGUGUCCAUUACAGCUGCUCAGCAAGAUAAGACAUUUUGGCAUCUUUUUAUCUCCAAGUAGUACAAAACUGGAGCACAUUAUCAUCAUAGUUAGACAUAGCAGCAUCCUAAUCACAUGGUUUUUGUGAUUGGUCUAAAUCCAUUAAGCAAUGUCAAGGACAACCUGACCAUGCAUGUCAGACAAAUCAACCAAUCCAUGGAAGAGAGCAGAUUUCUUUUAUGAUUUCCUCUCUUCCUGUUGAUAUUGUGACACAAAUGUCAUUGUUAGGGUGAUUUUCUUCAGCCAGUCAUGUCAGCUUUUAAGGUGGUAGAGCUGUGUCACUCAAAUGCCUUGGAUUCUUUGGUGCUAGAUUUCUGGAGCCAUGGGCCUCCAACAGCUAUCCUCAACAAGGACCUUCUACCCAUGUUUAACAUCAUUCAGGCUCCCAAAAUAUGUUGUGUUUUGUUGUUACCCUACAUCAGUGGUUCUCGAGUCCAGUCCUCGAGUCCCCCCAGUCCUGCAUGUUUUGGAUGUUUCCCUGCUCCAACACACCUGAUUCAAAUGAUCAGCUCGUUAUUAAGCCAUUACAGAGCUUGAUAACGAGCCGAUCAUUUGAAUCAGGUGUGUUGGAGCAGGGAAAAGUCCAAAACACGCAGGACAGGGAGGCUCAAGGACUGGACUUGAGAACCACUGCCCUACAUGGACCUUCAGGUCAACAAGAUGCAAGCAGAAUGUUUGGAAACAUGGACGGCUUUAUAUACUUGAACAGUCUCAGACCGAUCUUUGUUACACCUGUGGCAUGAUGGAGCUGUAACCCUGAUCUACAACCAGUAAAGCUUGUCAAAGCGAUCAUUUGUGUGGAUCUUCCAUUUUUAAAGUGUGAACAUGGGCUAGGCAUCCUUUCAAUUAUUUAUGAUAGCUUUGUUUUUCAUCAUCAUCAUCAUCAUCAUCAUCAUCAUCAUCAUCAUCAUCAUCAUCAUCAUCAUCAUCAUCAUCAUCAUCAUCUUUUACUCUGGUGACAGGGUGGACCCUUCAUGAAGUAACACGCUCAUGUCCUUCAGUCGUAAUGCAGGGACAUGUUACCCAGUGCGGUGAUAUGGGUCACUUAUCUGACAACACUGGAGCUCUGUGGCACAAAGGAGCAAAAACACUGGGUCAGUGUUUGACCCAGUUAGUAUGUUUGAAGUUAGAAUCAAAUCAUGGUUGAUUUUGGCCUUUUCAUGAGUUUGUCGUGAGAAAAUAUAAAAGCUUUCCUGCCUUACAUGAACAAUCCUUUGCUGGCCGCAGUCGACUCGUUAGAUUCUUAGCUGAAGUUCUGUUGAAAUCAAAGCUCCUCUCAUUAAAAUGCAGAAUGUAUUUCCAGAAGAGUGGGUUUUUGUUUGUGCUGCUCUCUUUUAAUUUUGAAUACGGUCGGCUGAACUUUGGUUGAAUGAUGCACGACACACUUUAACGAUCGCAAAACACUGUUAAAAAAGGUUUUUAAAUUCAUCCACGGGAACUGAUUCUGCAACUGAGAAUUUAUUUGAACUCUACUAGGCUGUGGGUUAUGAACCAAAAGAUUAAUUUCAAGUCACUGAUUGUCAAAUAAAGUUGAUGCAUUCAUGCAUGUUUGAGCUGCUUCUGUUCCACUGAUCUGAUUUUGUUGUUUCACUUUAUCCUUAGAUGCCAUACCUCAUGUCUGACACAUGGUAUUUAAUGGUUGACCCUAUAGGCAGGUUUUUAAUUAUUGUAAAUCUGUUGAUGGCAUUUUUCUCUGUAAGCGUAUACAUUUACUCACCACAUACAUCCACGGGAAACACAACACAUAAUGCUCGAAAAUAUGUGUUUCCAUGGUAUACUCUGGCUCUGCAGCCAGCAAUAGGUGGGUGGAUAAGUGGAUUGGCAGUUGUGUCUAAAACCUGCUUCGGUUCGCCCCCAGGACCUCUGUGAAUUAAAUGUGAAUGCAUUGCUGAACAUGUUAUGCAAAAAUGUGAAAAGAAAGGAUGGUGGUGGAAAAAAAAUAAGAAGGAAGAAAAGAGAGGAAAACAAGGGGGAGGACGGAGGAUGAAGAGUUAAACCCAGGAAAAAAUGAGAUACUUCAUUUGUUCUCUUUUAAGCCUCGGAGUCAGCAAAUUAAUUUGCGCAGGAGUUUAACAUUGUUACCACCGGUGUGCUGUUGUUUGUGGCUAAGUGUACAGUAUUCAGCAUUCAGGGAAGAUUGCUGUUGGCACGUUGACAUCUCAUUUCAACCUGACACCCACAUCCUGCUUUUUUCCAGUAUAUCUUAUUUCUCUGUCUGUCUUUCUAGCUCCCAGUCUCUCUGCCUCUUACAUAAAAGGCACAUAUCAGCAUCACGUUUGCAAACCAUCUGAAUGCUGAACAGCUGUGUUGUUGACAGAUUUUCACAGAAUUCGCUGCUGUAAAGAGUUCAGUCGGUUUAAUAAUCUCUUCAGAAACAGAACUGGGCUGGUUGCUUUAGUUGGGGGACUUUGAAAUUGUCUCAUUAGACAUCGAUCUGAGUUUGCAUCAAAACAUUUCUUGUUUUCUGCCUUUCAAAAAAGAAAAAAAAUGUCUUGUUAGCCAAAAGGAACGGAGAGGAAAGAGAAAAAAGAUAUGUUUGCGACAAGUAACAGCUCAUUUACUCAGAAGGCUUUGGCUAGUUGUGGAUUUAUAACUUUUUUGAUGGGAAGAUGUAACAGGCAAGGAUGUCUGAAGAAACAUAAAAAUGUGCAAGAAUUGAAUAGAAAUAAUUCGCCUGGCUUUGAUUUGUACCCACCGCUUUAAAAAGGAAAGAAGCAUAGGUUUACAACUUAUACGACAGAAACAAACAAACACUGUGGCGUUACCUACUGGUGUUUGUUUGCCAUGUGCUCAAAAGCAGUGAUUGUGUCAACUUCGUUAGUGUAUUCAAACAUGUAAUAAACUAGUAAGAAGUGCUGUAUUCUUGUACCGGCCAAUCAUCAAGCCUACAAACAGUGAGUGUUAUCAAAAAUAGGGAUUUGGCGUAGGAUGUCACUUGAAGGCCGGUGGUACAAGUUGUGUAGGAGUUUGAUGGUGUUGUGAGUGAGAUGUAGUGUAGACCUGAUCUGAGUUCAUCUUUAAUGGUUUUCCUGCCUUUAAACAAUCUGCUGUGACUGUGAUUAUUUACUUCAUCUACUCUAAAGUGUGAAUGGAUUUUGUUCAGCAGCGUCCCGUCCUUGCUCACACACCAUUCUCUACAGCAAAUAAGCUACACUACUGAUUGUUGUAGUUUUACUCUGUGUGUGUGUACGAUUGUGCAGCAUUACAUGAAUCAAAUAAAAGCACACAGCAGAACGAGCACAAGGUCGACUGAAUGACACGUGGACUUUAUGUAAGAUUGUGCAUCGGGAGUUGGAGAUUGAACAGAUGAGGAUUUUUUUUUCUGUUACACAAAGCUCUCAGCUUUUAUAUAUAUAAGAAAGAGGUUUGGUAACACUUUAUUUGACGCCUGUCUCUAUAAUGCGUUAUAAAUAUAUGUAUAAUACGUUAUAAUCACGUUAUAACACUGUAUAACUAUAGUUAUAAACACUUAUAAAUGAUCAAAAUACUUUAUAGCAAUAAUCAUAACACAUUAUAAAGCAUUUUAUCAUGACUUACAAUGUCAGGUAUUAUGUAUUUUAACUGUUAAUAACAGUUGCAAUGCAUUAUCUAUGAGGGCAUUGUCAGUGAGUUGUUAACAGUUAUAAAACAUUAUAACACUUGAUCUUGUAAGUCAUGAUAAAAUGCUUUAUAAUGGGUUAUGAUAAAAUGCUAUAAGGCAUUAUAAUCAUUUAUGAGUGUUUAUAACUAUAGUUAUAAAGCACUAUAACAUGAUUAUUACGCAUUAUACAUAUAUUUGCGUUAUAGUGAGAGGCGUUGAGUAAAGUGUUACCAGAGGUUUUUAGCUCUUAAGAAGCUAAAACUACUUAUGCAUCAUAAAUAAUCAAACACCGCUCUGCCUGGUGAACCAACAGAGAAUUAUCACCUAUGUCUGCUUCCCCUCUCACCUUUAUGCAGGUGCAUUGUGGGUUUCAGCUCAUUGUUUAGCUGUUUAUUUGUUUUUCUGUUUUGGUUUGCUCUCACCGCCCUCGCAGCUGUGUUUUUUGGUCCCGGCAGGCAUGCUGUUUUCAGCAAAAGGCCUCGAAAUCCACUGUACACUACCUGCUCAGAAACAAACAGCGGGUAGGCACAGUUAGCAACUAACUGUUGAACAAAGGAGCAGCUGAAGAGCCAGAUAUUUCCCUCAAGAGUAGGUACAAAAAAGUCAAAUCAUAAACAAGUGAGCAGGAGAUGCUAGUGUACUAACUAAGGCAGGUCUCAAGUUUACAAAAAAAUCAACAAUAGUGUUGCCCCAGUUUUGCUGGAAAAGUAAAUUUGCAACUGUGCGCUUUGUAGUGCUCAUAAGCUGCAACCACAGCAAAAAGCAAUGAGCUCUUUAAAAUAUGAAACUAGAGUAAACUCCGCAGACUCCAGUGUCUAAUCUCAUGUUAAUCUUUGGAACCAUGUCACUUACAGUCUAAGAUGCACAAAGUUGUCAGUGUACUUUCUGCGGCUCACUGAUCAUCUCGCUUCAUUCCAGCCACAGCUGGUUGGUAACUGAUGACCUGGUUUCCUGCCACCUAUCUGACACAUUUUCUCCUAGCACAUAUGCUCCUCUCCCCUGUCUCUCUCUCUCGCUCUGUCAUACACACACACACACACACACAUAUCCACACUCACAAACAGACACACUGCGACUCUCACACACACUUGUGGCACGGCACAAGUAAGUCAGACUUAAAAGAAAACACACAUGUGUCAUAGGGGCCAGUUGGGAAUAAAAACCAGGCCACUGGGCCAACGCUGGCGGCAUUCAUUCCAUUUCAUAUUAAUGAAUUGCCAGAAGCGAAUCUGCUGGGACACUGAGCUCAAUUAAAAUCCCUAAUCUGAGUGAGGAGUGUGUAGCAAAAAAGGACCACAGCUAGAACAACGUACCCACAAACCAAUUUAAUUCAAUGGGAUUCCUAAAAUGGUCAAUUAUAUCCUGGGGCAGACAGACAGGCACAGGUGGAUUUGAUGCUUUGAUUAGCAAUAAAAUACCUCCCAAAUGACUUGUACGUGUGUGUGAGAGCGAGAAAGAACGUGUUGAAAGUACAAAUUAUUGCUGUCAAGACUGUUACCCUCAUCUGAACAUGAUUUCUUUUUAGACUCCCUCCCAAAACUUAAACUACAUUCUUCCUUUCCAAGCAUGCACACCUCCAUAUACGCAUGUGUGCGUGUGUUUUUAUGUACGUCGCUGUGAACAUCCCAUCAUGGAGCAUGAAGGAUCAGCUUUCACCAUUGCCCCAGUCUGCAGUCCCCUUUACUGUGUGACACUUAGCAAAAAUUGAUGCUCUUUUGACAAGAUGAAUAAUACAACUAGGUGGGAGUUAGGAGUGAUUCAUUAGCCAUCUGGCAUAAGGACAGACACACAGGAGCAAUGAGGGAAGUCUUUCUCCUGUGAGUCUAUCCUUUGCAUUGCAGUUUGCGCUCAUUUUAUUUAAUGUGGAAAUCCAAAAGAUGGGCGGAUAAACAGAAUGUAGGGCCCUGAUCAACAGUUCCUGACUCCAUCCCAGUACCUGUUUGUAAAGAAAAGUUCAUGUUCUUAGAUAAAUAAUAUAAUAGUUGUAGCAAUCUUAAGAAGAUAUGGGAGAAAGAUUGGUCUUGUACACUGGAUGGAAAACCAUGGGAAGGGAUCCUCUCCAACACUGAAGAAUACAUAAGAGAAGCCAGAGGCGAAUUUAUUCAGUAUAAAAUAAUUCAUAGAUAUUAUUGUACAGCAUCAAGACUUAACAGAAUGGGUUUGAUUAAUAAUGAUCUAUGUUGGAAAUGUGGGGCAGAAAGUAGCACAUUUAUUCAUGCAUUAUGGGACUGUUCUAAGAUCCUCCCCUUGUGGGAAAAAGUUAAAGACUAUAUGAGCAAAUCAUUAAAUUACGAACUUCCCAUAUCACCAAGAUUAUGUCUCCUUGGAGACAGAACUAUGGUGCCCCUGUUGAAUAAAAACUGUUUUAGAAUAUUAAAAAGUGGCCUAAUAACAUGUACGGACUAUUCUGAAGUGUUGGAAGGAACCCCAAGUUUUGGUAGACAGUUGUGUUAAAGGUGGGGUAGGCAGGAUCUGAGAAAGUGCCAGUUUUUGGGAGAAAUCUCGAAUGUAAACACUACCCCUCCCAACCAGUUUUCCCCUCAGCUCCUCCUCUCCCCUCCCUCUCUGCUCCAGUAAGUCCCGCCCACAAACGUUAUCGUUCCAAUUAAAUUCAGAUAUGAUGCAGAUAGAUACUUCAGAUAAUUACAAAUGGGGCCCAGUCAAUGUGAGAGUAAAAAGCAUUGGUGCUACUGUAGAUGCCAACAGACUACCAGCAAACAUAAUGUUUUCAGGACUUCUACAACCAGGAUAAAGUGACAUAGUCCAGGACCCGAGGUUAACAGUUUAGCGGUGCAACAAAACGCAGCAGGUCCCAUUUGACAAGAAACACUUCUGUUACAGACACUUGGCUUACUUUGUUAAAGUGGUUUACCUGUCCAGUAGAAAGGUUACAGGGUCUGGAAGACCCCCCCAUCAUUGUUGACUCAGCUUUUUUAGCUCUUGUCUGGGUGGUCUACCUCAAUUUUAAGCGUCGGUUGUUCCGCCAGAGUCUCUGGUAUUUACUUCGUUUUCUUGCUUGUGUCAGAGUUGUGGCCGAAGGAGGAUUCAGACACUUUUCUGUACUUUUUGGUUGGUUUCUACUGUCUGAUAUUGUAGCACGCUAACUUUGUUUGGGCCCCUGAACGACAUGGGGACCAGCGCCUGCUUCACAAGACGCUGGACAAUACACCUGGACACUGUGAUUGGUACCUACCAUUCUAGUGUGCUUUUUAAAUGGGCGCCAGCUUUGAGACUGUGUCCACCUAUGACAGAGGCCGGUAGAAACUAAUACAGGAAUUAAAAGUUAACUUCAAGAUUUCAUAAACACCAUGUUUUUUUAGGACAGCUCCAGGGGUCUCACCUCUAAUUUCAGUCUCAUAAUUGAACUGAGCAAACAAUAGCUUACAGUCCCAGGUGGGUUUUCUUUGGAAAAACAUGCACCCAGCCAUUUAUUCUAUGACUAAUAGUGAAUAAACGGUCUUUUUUUCCCCCCAAUGUAAUCCCAAUUGAACACAGCAGUAUUAGUGUUGCCAUUAGAUGGUUUAUUUUUAUACAGACUUAAUUCAAAGGUAUUAAUUUGUUUGUGCAUUAUGUUGAUGUUGCCUUAACUGCACAUUGCUUAUGCAGAGCUCUGCUUAAAUGGUGAACAACGUGAUGCUGCUGAUUACUUUAGUUUUUUUUUUUCUUUUUUUGUGGUGUUCUCAGUGUAGGUGGAGGUGUGUGGGAGAGGCUGCAUUUUGUGCAUGUAAUGAAUUCAUCCUCUCCAGAGCCAGUUUGGUAUAAUACUGUGCUGCAGUGCCUCACUUAAAGAGCAAAUGAGGAAGAGAUUAGCCUCUUGCUAUGAGCAUUAACUCGCUACUUUAAUGUAACAGAGCCGUAUGAGUUUGAGGCAUGAGUUUUUAGCUGUUUUUGACUGAGUAAUGAUAUUGGCAGGGAAGUGAGUUGUGAAAUUUGACAUUGUUCUCAGCAGUAAUUGAGCUACAAAUUGUUACUGUCAACAGUCAUUUCUGCAAAACAGUCAGUUGUUCUAACCAACUUGCCCAAAGGUGAGAAAAGAGUCUAAAUCUAGCAGGAUUUAGUGAUGUCAGAUUGGUUUGUUGGGUGUGCCUACCAUAAGCAGAGUUAGCACCACAGGCCUUUGGUCUUCAUCGCAGGUUCAUCCACUUACCUACUGUAUGUUGGCUGUAAAUUUCUGUGGUUGAGUGGUAUUAUGCCAGUUAAAGCAGACAUAGCCUGCAUACAACUUUAUCUGUCAAACCAUGCAGCGCUAUCAAUGAGAUAACAUUUUUGAGGUUGUGUUAAAGGUGGGGUAGGCAGGAUCGUAGGAAGUGACAGUUUUUGGGAGAAAUCUUGAAUGUAAACUCUACCCCUCCCAACCUGUUUUCCCCUCAGCUCCUCCUCUCCCCUCCCUCUCUGCUCAAGCAAGCCCCGCCCACAAACAGACGCUCCUGCUCCCAGUUAAAUUCAGAUAUAAUGCAGAUAAAUACUUUGGAUAAUUACAAAUGGGGCCCAGUCAACAUGAGAGUAAAAAGCAUUGGUGCUACUAUAGAUACCAACAGACUACCAGCAAACACAAUGUUUGCAGGACUUCUACAACUAGGAUAAAGUGACAUAGUCCAGGACCCGAGGUAAACAGAUUAGUAGCGCUACGACACACAGCAGGUCCCAUUUGACAAGAAACACUUCUGUUACAGACACUUGGCUUACUUUGUUAAAGUGGUUUACCUGUCCAGCAGAAAGGUUACAGGGUCUGGAAGAUCCCAAAACGUUCCCCAUCAUUGUUGACCCGGCUUGUUAGCUCUUGUCAGGUUGGUCUACCUCUGUUAUAAGCGCCCGUUAUUCCACCAGAGUCUCCGGUAUUUACUUCGUUUUAUUGCUUGUGUUGGCAGACAUGGCCAAAGGAGGAUUCAGACAAUUUUCGGUACUUCGGUUGGUUUCUACUGUCCGAUAUUGUAGCACGCUAACUUUGUUUGGUCUCGUGAACAUUAUUUAAGGACGUGGAGUGUGCCCCACAACAUGGGGGAGCAGCGCCCGCCUCACAACCAAUCAGGUUGGGGGAGGUGGAGAUUGGUUUUGAGUUUGACAUUGUUUCUUCUGUUAUUACUCUGGAAGUCAAGACAGUGAAUUUAAGAGAAAUAAUAGUAAUCAUGUUCUUCAAUUGUGUUAACAAGUUGAAGAUAAAAUGAAGAGGACCAAAAAUUGAACCCUGUGGAACAUCAAAUGAAGUUACGAAAAGCAUUUUAGCACCACCAACCCCCGUCCCACCCAAAAUUUAAGUUUAUCCGGCAGUCUUACAAAUCCCUGAAGAGGUUCAAUGUGAAUCCGCCCAUUCAGCUCCUCAGAUAAAGAGAAACAUUGGUAUGACUACGGAAGCUGGGAGGCCCUUACAAUGUUUGUUUGAAUGAUGACUGAUUGUGUCCGUGAAUUUUGUUCCUGCUGUGAAACAAUUUCCAAACCCAACAAAGGAAAAUGGCCUCUCUGUGAGUAGGGAUGAUUCAUAAGCUACCACAAGCAGACAGAAUAUUUGCUUUAAUUUUAAGGGAGCCUCCGCUGAAUUGUUGUGCUCAAAGUGCAUCCUUGAAGGAGCUGUGCUGCUGCCUGCCUUUGUUCAGGGUGUUUGGUUUGAAGGCUAUUUCUACAGACUCCCACUCCUCUGCUCCUGCUCUCUGUCUCAGUGUCUCUCGCUGUGUCAUCUCUUUGUCUGACUCACUCACUCACUCAUUUGCUCAUUCGCUCACUCACUUCAUACAUUUAGAUACACAGUAAAAACCAAUAACUCCAGGUAACCGCAGAAAUAGUCCAAACUAUUUCGUAGACUCCUUAGUGACAAAGUAUGACAAAAGAUAAAGCAAGAAGAACCAAUAGAAGUUACUUUAAUCAUGUCACAGUAAAGUACAGGCAUGCAUAGAUUAGCUUGUCCAGGGGAACAGCUAAGUUGAUGUCAGAUAAAUGCUAGCUUUAGGACAUUAACAUGCUCUUGAUGGUUAUACUAGCAUAGGCCCACUGACGUUUUUGUUCAAAGCGCCUGUACAGAACUUUCUGUCUGUGUUGAAUUUGGCGCCCCCUGUGGCCAAAGUGGAAACUUAUGUUGUUGUUAAUUUUUUUAAUUGAAAUUUGAGACUCACCUUGUGUAUUUUGUUGAGGGUAAGGUACCUUAGGCUGUUUCUUCAGCCUACCUACCCCUUCACAGCAGUUACAGGCAGUACAAAUUACAAUAUAGACGGUGUUUAUCUCAUCUUAAAUGGUCUCUUUUGCUCUUGUACAUCAUAGAAAUGCAUCACUGUUCAUUUCAGUCUGUCUCAUCACCCAUUAAAAACUCCUCAAAGGAGCUUUAACUCUUAAUGAUAAAUUUUCCAAUGAGACACAAGUUAGACUUUUUAAAAUUUUGUCUUGUACCUAUGUUUUUUUUUUUUUGCCAGGUGUCAAAUGUUCAGUUGAUCUUCACCUUUGUCAGAGCUCAUGGAUUACCAUUGAAGCUGCAUGGAAACAUCCUUUAACUCUUGAAAUCUGAACAGCCAAUAUAGCCCUCAUUGCAAAUCUCUGGGAGUUUGGGAGCAUAGGACAAAACAUGCAAAAGCUAACAUUGUUCACCGAAGAAUUUAUUUGGGAUGUUUGUACACAGUAAAAUGCCGUUUAUUUGACAUUAGGAGAACUCAUUUGCUCCCAAAACUGAAAGAAAAAUAAAUAUUUUAUUAUUGUGAAGCUUCGUUUCCUAAUUUUGAAAAUCCUAGCUUUGAGUACAGGGCAGAAAGAAAAUAAACUACAUAAACUGUGAAAACUUUUGAUCCUUUUAUAUGUGAAGCUUCAGUAUAGACGCAGCUGCUACGUCAGUUGUCCUAUUCUUGCUGUGAACUGUUGGAGAGAGGUCCUGAUCAUGGUGGUAUGGACAGUGAGCACUUUGAACCGCAUUUCUGUGUUUAUCUGCAGUAGUGGCAUCUCUCAUUCACUCACUCAUCCGGCCUCUCUCCCCUCCCACUGCUUUUCAGGAGAGAUUCUGCGUGGGCUUACACUCGAGUUUCUGCCAUGUGCUUUCUACCCCCCCACCCCCCUGCACACACACACACACACACACAAACAUAUACCCUCCCCCACACUUCCUAACACUGUCCAAAGAUUUUUAUGAGUUUGUAUAUUUGUACCUGUGUGAAACAGAAGGAGAAAUCUGGAUCGUUUUAUCUCCGCUCAAAUAUGACCGCGCAAAUUAGCAGUGGAUAUCAAUCCUCCCAUCUGUAACAGCGUUAGAGGUUACGAGCCACAAAAUUUGCUUUGGUGUAAAAUGUAGCCCAAAUGAAAAAGCUGGAUUUAGUUUAGGCAUUACCCUCUCCCAUUAGAAAAACUAAUAAAAUCCUGCUUUGGUUGGAUACAUUCAGAUGUGAUUUCUGGAACACAUUGGUAAAAUAUUGCCUGUUGGUUGCUCCUGCUGCUGUUUUUCAGUGUUUAUAUGUGUAGGUGGAGGGACAUCAAUGUGUGCGUGGGCGGAUGUGAGUAGAGAUGCCUGGCAGGUGUAUGUAGCUGUGCAUUCUUUGUCUCUCACCAUACAAGUCUGGUGCACUAAAUGGAUUCUCGGCACUGCUGCAUGACAUUGAAUCAGUUUAUUAUUUGCGAUUUUUUUUCCUUUGAAAUGAAUCACUUUCCAAAAAUAUGCUUGAGCUAGCUUCAUUUGUUUCCUUUUACCUAUUUCUGUAACUAAAUUAGUCAGACACCGCUGACAUAAAACAUUCAUCUCAUGACAGGAAAGGGAGACUUGGAACCAGAUUUAGCUGCUAACAGAGGCUGCUUCGUUUUAAUAAAUCCCUGUUGAUUUUUCUCUAUUUUAAGCUUGGUAUAUUUUCGUUUUAUGGCUGCCAUGUGUAAUUGCGCAAAUGAUAAGAGAUAAAUUCAGCUGUAUUUUUAGCCCAAAGGUCAAAAAGUAAUGAAUGAAGUAAAGUCUUUUCAUGAUGUGUGUGUUUGUUCUGUAGGAUUCUGGCCACAGCUGGCUCACACAUGAACAUCCCAGUAGACCUGCGGACUCUCAGGGCUGUGCGAGUGCUGAGGCCUCUCAAACUCGUCUCUGGGAUCCCCAGUGAGUUGAAUAUUGACUCCUAAUCUCGCUCUGUGAAGUUGUUUGAACUGGUGUAUUGCUUCGAAUGGCAAAUGACUAUUCUCUGUGUUAUCGCUAGAACAUUUUUAGAGUCAUAAAUCCAGGUGUUAAACACUGUCUAAUGCAUAAAAUCUCAAUUUUUAGCUCAUACAAAACCAUUUACACUUAUUCUAUUAUAAUGUAUGCCUCUAAUUCAGGGGUUCUGAUAUUUUUCAGCUUAGAAAUAAUGGUCCCCACUGUCCUUCAAGCUGGUUGAAUGUUGUUCACAGACAUGGGCAAGCACUAAGAGGCCAAUUCAAAUACAGACAGCAGACCAGCAUUAACACCAAAAACAGCCAAACAGCUUUGACAUUUUAUAGGGAUUUUAAAAAAGGCCAAAAGCAAAACAAUAUGAGCAAUCUUCAUGUUCACGCUGAAGCAGUGGUGCAACUUCUUAAUGAGCAAACGCACUGGUAAGUCUGUGCUCAUAUGUGAUUUUAUGGCUUCAUGCCAAGGAUACCUAAUUAAACUUGUUUGCAGAAAAUUAGCCCAUGUGCAUAUAAUGCUGUCGCUGAUUGAAAUUAAAACUGUUGUAAUCAACUUAGGGGUCAAAAAAAGCUGGAAACUACUUUUUUUAUCUGCAUGAUUUUAUCUAAACUUGAAUAUCUGUUUUGGCUGAUAUAUUUGCAAGAAUGUAUGAAAUAUGAGUUUUUUAUUAUUUAGUUUUGUUUAGAAGGCAUCUUGCCCAUAAGUGAAUCACAGCCCCCGCUUUGAGGCCACUGAUCUACAAGUUUGAGAACUUUUCUUGUGAAUCUCGAAGCAAGUGUUCAAUAGGAUUCUCUAACAUUUCAUUGAGCCAGCAGGCAAUAAAAUGGCAGUGUACACUCUAGCCUUUUUUGAAAAAUAGUAAGUUUUGACUUUGUGAAUUCUUUAAGGUCUGCAGAUUGUGCUGAAGUCCAUCAUGAAGGCUAUGAUCCCGCUGCUCCAGAUCGGCCUCCUCUUGUUCUUUGCAAUCCUCAUGUUCGCCAUCAUUGGUCUGGAGUUCUACAGCGGGAAGCUUCACCAAACCUGCCUGCCAUCUGUCGACAUCCUUGGUAUGGUCCAUACCUACACACACACACACACACAUGCACACAUACACACACACAGAGCUAACAGCCUUCCUAUUGUGAAGCGAAGUGGGCAGUCCGCGCAGCACAAGUGUUAUUGUUUUAGAUUCAUUUGUUGUUUGAAAAGUGUGAAAGUAAACAGUCAGACACAAUAGAAACAUUUGGAUUUGUUUCUGAGUUCGUAUGAAGGUUUCACCAAGAAUGGAACGUGACUGAAAACACCUCCUGAGAUAUUUUAUUGCUGUGCGGUUGGUUAAUUGGUAUAUUACAACAGCUUUCAGCCUCCUCAACAGUUUGAUUGUAUAAGAAUGGAUUUUGGCUUAACCAGCUCACCAUCUGCAGGCACCUUCUGUUCUUAGGUGCACCUGCUUUUAUCACAAUACCAGGGCUCGCAACAAGAUAACUGUUACCUUUGUUUUCUUAUAACUUAUGUCUGAAUUGGACUGAUUUACCAAAAGGUAUGUGUGGUUUGCUCUGUUCUCAGAGUGAACCACAGACGCUGCUUUGUUUUAAAACACGAUCCCAAUAACGGCGAGCUCUGAAGUAUUAUUAAAAAUGUUCCUGCUUAAUUAGGGAACAACCACUCUGUAAUCAUAUGGCACACCAUAGCAUUUACUGUCGUCCUUUCACUGUGGUCUUUUUUUCAAAGUGUGUAAAGAAGGAUGAAGAAACCUGAAUUAGUUCAAAAUAUCAGAUCCUCUCCCUUUUUUAUACUGUGAAGCUCCUGUAUAGAGUGGGAGCUUGUGAUGAUAUGGACUGUAAUUCAUACUGAUGGCUGUAUUUGACCCACAAAAGCAAACAAGACCGUAAAUGACAAGACUGACUGUUUCUAUAUUGUUAUAUUUAAUGUCUGGAACUAGCGCUGCGGGGUUCGUGUCAAACAAAGUGAUUGACAGGAUGCUGCCAAAAAAAGUCCUUUCAUUACAUUUUCACUGCAAAGAUUCAGUCACUUACUUAUUGUAUUUAAGUGAAUCCAACAGCCACUAGCUGAGGCUGUAGCUCCAUUUAAUAGAUCCUGCCACAAUGCUCAAAUGCUCUGCUGCUUGGAUGGAAAUAAGCACAGACAACUGAUGGCGUCUCAUCAUCAUCAUUUUCAGUAAGGAUAUGGAGAUAAAGUUGUAUGCUGAGUUUGGUUAAACUGACAUAUACCCACUUGACCAAAACAAUGCAUAAUGAGCAUUGCCAUGUGAAUUUCAGAUCAGAUCAGAUCAGAUCAGCUAGCCACACUCUGCAAACUAGUUUGACGUUACAGAUCCGCAUUGACAAAGAAUGCAUUUAGCAGAGUUUCAAUUACUAAACUUAAGACGGGAACAAGGACGAAAUUGUUUGUUUCGAACAUCCCUAUUGGCGACAUUUGGUAACAGUGACAAAGAAAGACUGCUUUCAACAGGCAGAAAUCUUAGACAGGACCAGACUCGUGUCAAACCCCCAUCUGCUGUGACUGUGUUGGGCUUGGUGGGCAAGAAGGAGAUGCAGAGAGAUGAACAAAUAAACAAAACAACAAUAACAACAACAACAACAACAACAGAUAAGACAGCUGCAAGUUUCCACAUCACCGUUGUGUAGAUUAUGUUUUGGACCAACCUCUGGCAUUAAGGCCACACUUUGAUGUUGGUGCUGCUAACUCAGAUUUAAUGAAGGUGAGGAAAGUUUCUAUCAGAUUAAACCAACUCAUUCUUCUCCUUUUAAACCCCAAUGACAUCAAUUGUCACUGUGAAGCUAGCAAUAAGAAAAACAUGUCUAAAGAAUAUAUAAUGUAAAGUUAAGAGCAUUAACAGUAGGUUAAAACAUAGUGAAUCUGUAUCUGGUGUGUUCAAUAUGUAGAAAAAAUCCAGUGAAAGGAGACAGGUUGUGCUUUUGAGAUUUUACAGAUGGUUUUACACAAAUGGAUGUGAAUUAUACAGUAUUCACAAACCAAAUGCAUCAUCACAGCUUGAUGUACAGAUUUUGUGUAUAGAAUUAACUCAACUAAGAUUUCUUUCUCCCCAGCUGCCCAGCUGAAAAAAAAAACAAAAAAAACAGUCUAUUACCGUGGACCAUAUUGGUUACCGUAUGUUUCUUCAUUUUAGACAAUGAGACUGUAGACUCAACAGAGUUGGCAUUUGCCUGUGGGGUGAGGAAGUGUCCUGAGGGUUACGACUGCAACGACACCUGGAUCGGACCCAACGACGGCAUCACACAGUUCGACAACAUCUUGUUCGCUGUACUGACUGUCUUCCAGUGCAUCACCAUGGAGGGAUGGACGGCUGUUCUGUAUAAUGUAAGCUCAGUCAGUCAGUCAGUCAGUCUUUAUUUAUAUGGCACCAACUGAGAUGCUUUAUUAAGAGCCCUAUUCUUCCAUGUAUUUCAAAGACUCAACAUCCAGAUUAUUUUUUAGGCAACUAAAGUGAUAAUGAGUCAAUGCUGUUGAUUUUAGACCAACGAUGCCUUGGGUCCCUCAUGGAACUGGGUGUACUUUAUCCCCCUAAUCAUUAUCGGCUCAUUCUUUGUCCUGAACCUGGUUUUGGGUGUCCUGUCUGGGUGAGUCUAACUCUUCUUGUGUGUACUCCUUUCCUGUUUCUGUCCGUAUCAUGCAUCAUGACCACAUUUUUUUUUUAUACUUCCUCCCUCAGAGAAUUUGCCAAGGAGAGAGAGCGGGUGGAGAACAGGCGUGCCUUCAUGAAACUUCGCCGGCAGCAGCAGGUGGAGCGAGAAUUGAACGGCUACAGAGCCUGGAUAGACAGGGCAGGUACUGGGACACACAUCUGAAGAUAUACACUCAUUGGUUCAGUGAUGUAAAGAUAUGCAGCUGUAAAGAGUGACCGCUAAUGAUUCAGUAUCUUCUGCUUAAAAGAAAACUUUUGUCUAGUUUACUAAACCACCUCUAAGUUAAAGUUUUUACCUUUUUUUGGCUGUUAAAUUAUAUUUCUGUUGAAUUAAAUGGCCACAAGAGAGAGCAUAAUGCCAAAUCAUUAUUUCAAAGAGUCAUUGAUUUAAUAUUUUAUUGAUGUACCGUUCCAGUCAUUUAACAGAUGAAUAGUAAUUCUUUUUUUCCAGCUGAUUUUGUAAAGUGAUCGCUCUGCUACAGACACUUUCAGACUCUUUUGGACCCGCAGUAGAGUCGCACAUCCACACACACACACACACACUGCAUUAAUAGCAAUCUACAUCGCUUGUCUCCCACGCAAUAAAGGGUGAGGAAAAGGUGAUACUGACUCACUGACUUAAAUUUGCGUGCGUGUUCAUACGUGCACGCGCACUUUUGUGUAUGCGAGAGAGCGCAUGUUUCUCUCUGCGUGGAUGUGGGAGAGUGUGGGAAGAGGAAGAGAGAAAAGAGAGCGGUAGAGGGAGAUUGGGCGAGCGUAACAGAGAAUAAGAGCUCUCUCUAAUCAAGGUCACGCCGGUCGCUCAAAGCACUCUCUGUCUUACAUCACUUUGGCCUCAGUUCCUGUAUGUGUUUGCAGACAUCCUAAAGAAUUGAAGGCCGGGAUAUCGAACAUUUCCAUGUCAGGUGGUUUAAACUACAUAAAGUGAAUCUCUAUAUAACCUCCCGUUUUAUUGUAUUACAGAGGAAGUGAUGCUGGCAGAGGAGAAUAAAAAUUCAGGGAGAUCGGCAUUGGAUGGUGAGUUUACACACCUGUUAGACACACAGUCUAUCACCUAUUUCACCCUAUUUCCCCUCGAUGAAUAAAAAUCACAGGGUAUGUGACGGACGCGGAAAACGUCUCAUUUGAACUGUCAGCGGAAACAUAUUUAACCUUGUUUCAGUCAACAUUUAACCACCUCUGUGCGGUAAGUGAUUGUGCAAGCUGCAGGUAACCAUAGCAACAAUAUUAAUGCCAGAUUUUUUUUUAUUGCCGAUUCAGUCUCAUUGGGGAAACUAAAGCGCUUUUUUUUUUUUUUUUUCAGACAAGCACCUCGUUACAUAAACAUGUUUGCGAUUUAACAUGUUGGUCUCAUGAGUCACUUUUACAUAAAAAAUCACAUCAUCAAUCUGACGUGGAUGGAUGCAAGUCAUGUUAAGACUCAUGGUCUCUGUAGAAUAUUUUUCAGUUCAGGAGAAAAAGAAACAGUGGAGCGAGACCGUUUAAGGUUAUAAAGACAGUCUUAUAUCUAUUUUUAAAUCUCUAUACGGAGAAGAAACCAAAAUACGAAUGACCAUAUUUAUUAUCCCACAUGCUGUCUCUGUUUUUGUAAAUCCAGUUUCUGUUAAUGUGUGCAGUGCAGUCAGACAUCAUUAAAAAGGCCCAAGAAUGACGUGAGAGACAUAAACAUGGCAAAUAAAUGAUGAAACAGUUACGCGUCUAUAACACUUAAUUAUUCAUAGGUAAUCAGUGGGAAAGUGCCUUUGAAGGUCACAGUGCUAUAAAUGGUAAAUGGACUAUAUUUAUAUAGCGCUGUCUCUAGUCCUCUGACCAUUCGCACACUGACAGCAGAGGCUGCUAUUUUAAGCGUAAUCAGUUUUGACUAAUCCGUUCACACACCACUGGGCGCAGCCAGUGGGGAGAGGUUGAGGUUGAGUUCCUUGGUCAAGGACACUUCAGCAUGUGGACAGCAACAUCUAGAAUCAAACCCCUGACCUUCCAAUUAAGAGGUGACCGUCCCCCACUCUACCACCUGUGACAAUUUGGUACAUGUCAUCUACACUCACUUCACUUCAGCUGUAUCGAUGAUAAGACAAAGGCCAAAACAUGAUCUUUAUAAAAGCCUCACUGUCGCUGAUACUAGUGCUGUUGUGUUCAACUGAUCGCAAACUCAUGUUGCUAUUUUGGCCUGAGUGUGCACCCCACAUGCAGAGGUUGUAGUCCUUAUUGCAGCAGUGAUUGUGGUCCAACCCCUGGCUGCAGCCCUUUGCUGUAUGUUGUCCCACAGUCUUUGCUCUGCACAUUUCUUGUCUUUCUUCAAGCUGUCCCAUCCAAUACAGAAAAUAGGCAUCCAAAAUAAUAACUCAAUAACAAUAGAUUAAUUAAUUAUAAAAAUGAAUCAAAUCAGCAUCCGUGCACUGCAUAAAUGUCUCAUUUAAGAGUCGAUGCACCCAAGUCAGCAUACAAAAAAAUGCAGCCAAGAGAGGUCAAGUGAUUUUUUAAGCUGUUCCCUCUCUAAGAAGAUUUUAGAUUUUAAAUAGUUAUAACAAAUAUGUACAUAUAAUACAUACCAGAUUACACAAUACAAUUGAAAAUAACAGAAAAGUGAAAAGGUUCCAAAAGUCUAGAAUACAGAUACAGUCUAAAUAUGAGUGUUUUCUGUGUUGCUGGAAUUUCCAUUAUGAUAUCCCUAAAUGUAAAGUUUGAAUGACCUGUAACUUUUGUGUAACUUUUUUAGUGUUAAAAAGAGCGAGUAAGAAGACCGGAGCACGGAGAGGAGCUCCGGGGGACGAAAAGUUUACAGACACGUCGACUGCCAGUGAGUGAAGAUCUUUUACUAUUUCAGUCUGCUGGGUUACUUUUUGCUUUGAUGGUAGUCACAUCCUGUAUCUCUCACCUCCAUUUCACCUCUUCCCCUCUAUCUUGCCUUCUUACUCUUGAUGCUUUUCUACCAUCUUUAUCUCUCAGGCAUGUCCAGAUCCAGGAUGAACUUCCGCAGCGGUCGGCGCGGCCCUGCUGCCUACCUGCGGCGUAAAGAGCGUAUGCUACGUAUCUCCAUCCGCCGCAUGGUGAAGACAGACACUUUCUAUCUGAUGGUGCUCAGUCUUGUGGCUCUGAACACUAUCUGUGUAGCCAUCGUCCAUCACAACCAGCCUGACUGGCUGACCAUCUUCCUCUGUGGGUUUGAGUUUUGAGCUUUUCUAAAAUGUAGGACCUUGAAAAUAACUGGAGUGACAUCUGAUAAAGGCAAUAUUCCUGUGUCGACAGCUGUCUUCUUAUCCUUUUGUUUAAUUGCUUUUUUUAUUUGUUUCUUUAUCUUCAGACUAUGCAGAGUUUGUUUUCCUCGGGCUGUUUUUGGCUGAGAUGUUUUUGAAAAUGUAUGGUCUGGGUUUCCGGCUCUACUUUCACUCAUCCUUCAACUGCUUCGACUGUGGGGUGAGGUCUUUCGCCAUUUAUUCUAUCGCCAUGUUAUACAAGGAAAUUUAUAUUAAAAAGGGAAAUGUCAUUUUUCUCCAAUUAAGUAUCUACACUGCCCUGUCACUGCAAUAUACAUGCACAUUGUACCUUACGUUUUCAAGGGACAGGUUAAAGGCAGCUGUAUCUUGUUGUAUUUGAAACAAAUACUUGUAUAUUUGAAUAGAGACUUUCUACGUGGUGCAUCAAGUAGAAGUGGAAAUAUUUUGCAGUAUCUGUCAGUGAGAUUUCAGAUUCUAGCAAAUGCCUCUUUGCUCACCCGUCUCCCUAAUGGUCUUAGAAAACAGAAAGCUGCUGUUAUGCAUGAAAGAUAUGAUCCAAGAUUUUACCACCAGUACAGAGACAGGACCAUCACCCUCUUCUUCUUCUUUGUCCUCCAAGCUGUAUAUUCAGCAGUCAACUAAUGAAUACAUAAUUAGUCAUUAUUAGUCAUUAUAAGUAUGUCCCUUCUGUGCUACUGUAGAAACAGAGGAUGGCUGCCACCUGCUCCUUAUGUAAACAAAAUUUUUUAUUCUAAGCUUUUAAAAACAUAAUAUAUAAUACUCAGGUAAAUAUACACUGAAUAAAUACAAUUUUAUGUCUUAUUCCAUUUCCACUGAGUCUGCUCUACUAACUGCCACUAAAAUAUUACAUACUGCACCUUUAAAAAUGGUGGAUUCCUGAUAAACAUCUGUUUGAGGGGACCUGAUUUGGUUCAUGAACAGGUGCUAUCAUGAACAGCAGCUUUGGGUUUUACUCUCACCUGCUGCAUUUAACCCCCCCCCCCACACACACACACACACACACACACACACACACACACACACAUACACACACACCUGUCAAAUAGGAUCAAAAUAAUCUCAAACAAUGACAGAAUAAAUGAAUAUGUUUGUAAUAAUUAUGUUAUUCUGUCAGUUGUGAGCUUAAACUCAUUAUAUGAUUUAUAACCCGUGUGCUCCUAACCGUUCUUAAAAUGUUUUUUAUGAAUGGUCAGGCAGAAUCUUUGGGAAACUGUUUGUUGAACUGGUUUGCAGGUCAUUGUGGGCAGCAUCUUUGAAGUGGUUUGGGGCUUCUUCCGGCCCGGCAUGUCCUUUGGGAUCAGUGUGCUGAGAGCGCUGAGACUCCUGAGAAUCUUCAAGAUCACAAAGUAAGGAUCUUUUUAUAAAUGAAUACAUAAGGGUGUCAGCUGAAUUGUAUUCUUUGAUUUUAGAGAUGCACAACCAUCACUCUAUUCUUCUAAGACAAUGACACUAAGCAUAUGCUGGUUACAAAUUGGUGUAACUGGUGUACUUUGCAGAGACAAAUACUAUGUGGUUUCCUCCUGUCAGGUACUGGGCAUCUCUCAGGAACCUGGUUGUGUCCCUCAUGAGCUCAAUGAAGUCUAUCAUCAGCCUGCUGUUUCUUCUCUUCCUCUUCAUCGUGGUGUUUGCUCUGCUGGGGAUGCAGCUUUUUGGAGGAAGGUGGGUAAAGCCUUCAGGGCUUCAAAACUGAAACCCUCAUUUUCUUAGUUCUGGGCACAGCUUUCUUUUGAUAUAUCAUUUUAACCUACAUAUCCGAUCACACUGCUGUCUUUGAAAUGCCUACUACACCCUGCAAACGGAACUGCAGUUUCUUCAAUGGUGUGUAUGAUGAAGAGGAGAGGAAAUGAUAUGUCCGGAUGAAAAUAGCUUCGCGUCCUCCUCCUCCUCUGCUUCCUCCUCCUCUUCCUAUUCUUCCCUGGUCAUAUCUGACCCUGCUUUCUAUCUGCCUUCCCUCUAGGUUCAUCUUUGAAGAUUACACUCCCACCAACUUUGACACAUUUCCAGCUGCCAUCAUGACAGUGUUUCAGGUUUGGCUCCCACAGAUCCCCUCGUUCUGCCUGCUCUCCAUGACACAUUGCACCCUGGGAUAUUUCUCACCCCAGGCGCAGAUUAAACAACUCUGCUCACUCGCUCCCUACCCCCUGCCUCCGCUAUCAUCCCACACAUCCGUGCACACAUAUGCGCACAUGAAUAUCAGACAAGUGAAACGUGAACAAAUCCACAUCAGAUCUGCUACAAAACCAGCCGUACUGUGAAGGACUGUUUGAUCAGCACACAUAGUAAUGACUUACCCUGCUGCCAUUUUAAUAGCUUAUUCUGAACUGGUUUGCAUGCAGAGGACACGGAUCCUGUUUCAAGUCAUUUUAAAACAUAUGUCUCUCCACAGAUGGGAGUAAUGUAGUGAUUUAUGCAAAAUGUUCUUUGCAUUAACCUGCAGAUUUUGACUGGUGAGGACUGGAACGAGGUGAUGUACAACGGGAUUCGCUCUCAGGGUGGGGUGCAGUAUGGCAUGUGGUCAUCCAUCUACUUCAUAGUGCUCACCCUUUUUGGAAACUGUAUCCUUUCUCAACUUUUGAUAGUAGUCAGGAUAAAUGCGGUGUAAUGUGAGUAGGGGACUACUCCAUCAUAGGUUAUUCAAAAUUUGACUAGGAUAAAAUCACAGAGCCACAAGAAUACUAUUAGAAUGGAUAAUAUCCGAAUCAUAGACUGUGUAUACUAUGGACAACUUGGUUCUGCCUUUGGCCAGUAUUUGGAUUUGAAGCCAAAAAGCUCUGUAAUUUUGCGUUUUUUCUCCAUUUCCUGUAACCAACAUUGAGCAGUAGCAUUGUACGCAUUCAGCGGGAGAGUUUGCUGAGAGUCACUGGGAUGACACUCGACUCAAACAGCGUAACCCCCGGGUGGCAAUAUUUUUUUUUUGUAGGACAGUAGGGGAAAGUCCCGCCUCCUUCGCCUCUGAUUGGCUAGAAAAGCUGGAAACGUCAUCACACCCUCAAACCAAAUGCAGGCUGUCGGCUGUGUACAUCAAACAGAACAUUACUGUACUACUGAAUCUCCUAACUCUAGACCCUAACCCGACAGAAGGUGACGUUUCACAGCCAUUAGGAAUAACCAAUCGGAGCCUAGCUCUUCUAGCCAAUCAGAGGCGAAGGAGGGUGGGACCUUCUCCUACCAUCCUACAAAAAAAAAAAUUUGCCCGCGGGUGGGCUACACAAUCUUCGCACACCCAUAGGCUGUAUCAAGUGCCAAUUAUAGAAAACAUAAACCCCUGAAUCACUUUUAAAAAUAGAGCUGUGCAGGAAAAAGAGGACUUGAACACAAACCAGUCUCACGGUAACUACAUGUCAACAUCGCAAGCAGGGGGGAGAAAAAUUUAUAUUCUGUGUGAUAACUUUUUAAAGUUUGUCCACAGCUCCAUAGGGAUUGCUGGAGGAGGCGGGAUUUAUGACCUAUACUGCAGCCUGUCACCAGAGGGUGCUGUUCUCGGGGCGGCUUCCCCUAGCGAGGAGGCAGAUGUCGUCCAUUUUAUAUACAGUCUAUGGUCCAAACACUGUUCCUCCACCCAAGUAUUACAUUGUUAUCAUUAUAUUGACAUUCACUGUGUAGAUCGGGGUUUUAAAAUGCGAUAAAACAAUGAGCCUUAGUGUGACUUUUGUAACUCCACUUCAGUUUAUCUUUUUAUGAAAGACAGAGGGAAGUACACAAACACACACACACGAACACGAUAGGCUCCUACAGGUGUGUUUUUCUUAACAGCCUCCAUGACAGACACACUGCUGAAUGUCUUCUUGGCUAUCGCUGUGGAUAAUCUCGCCAACGCACAGGAACUGACAAAGGUUUGUACUAUCUUUACCUCAGUGUUGGCAGUUGACCAACUUUUUUUUUAUAAAUAUAUAUAGUACACACCUUUAGGGAUGUACCUUACAAGUGUAAUAUAUAACAGAUAUAGAUGCAUUUCUGGUGUUACACUGGAAUAUUGAGUAUAUGUGAAUUUUAAUUUCAUUUUCUUUUAACAGGAUGAGGAGGAGGAGGAGGAGUUCUUCAACCAGAGAUACGCCAGAGGCAGAGACGGUCUAAUAUCUGAGUAAGUUUUUGCAGCUUUUAGACAACAGAAAAAGGCUUCCAGAGAGGAGAGAUGGAAUGAGCAUUUACAGCUCUGAGGAAGCUCUCAGCCGUCAGAGUAAGACUGAUUCUCAGAUCAGGUCUCCUCUUGAGUAAAAGGAAGUUUCUGAUUGGGCCAAAAAUUGCUUCCUCUUUUUGGCAUCAAAGUGGGGAGUCUUAGUCUUAUUCAGAUACAGAAGUAAUCAAUAUACUCAUCCUUAUUGAAAAGGACGUGUUUGAAUAUUGGGGUCAAGAUGUCACCAAUGUUACUGAUAGUGAACUUUCUGAGAACCAGUUUCUUCUGCUGCAUGGGGAAUGCCAGAUUAGAAGGCAUGAAUUACAGUGUGGAUGACAUGAUAAUGAAUGUUUACUGAAUGUGCCUGAUUUCAAAGCAUGACCCUUUUGCUACAAGGCAAUUUUGAGAAAUUACGUGCCUGUAAACAGCACAAGAACCAGGCAGGUAGUGCUUUUAAGCUAUUGGGGGGCUGUUUGAAUUUUCCAUGUUUCGCUGAGCCAAGAGGAGGCACAUUUUGGAGCAUGUUAGAGGACUGUGAGAAUGAAACUACAAAAGUACAUGGCUCAUCAGGGGAAUGAUAACCGGAAUACUUAAAUGGCCACCAUGUAAGAGGUCUUGAGUAUAAACAGAGCCACAUGACACAUCUCUUUCAGAGCGCUGGCUUGGCUUGGUGAGAACUGUAUUCAAAAUUUCGCAUGCUUUUACACCAUUAACCACAAACUGAUUCAGCGUUUCUAUCACUUGCCAGGUUUUUUCUCAAACCAAAUCACAUCAAUACAAACUGAAACAUUUGACUGUUUUUUUAAAUGAUUGAUUGCUAAACAAACAAAACCGUUAGUGGGGGCUUUUUUUUUGCAUUUAUAACAACAGAUUUCUGUUUUCUAAGCAGGUCCCUCCACAAAGUUAAAAAGACAAAUCUUCCACUGUCACUGAAGUAGUUGUUGUAUACGUUACAGUAAAAACACACGCUGCACAGACUCUGACUUUGUAGAGGAGACACUGAGUGUAUCAUUUGUCUGUUACAUAUUUGAAUGUCAGUCUUGUUUUUGUUGCAGCUAUCAAGAUGCUGAUUUGGACGUGUAUGACUGUGUUUGCUGGUUCCAUCACAUUGUCUUGUUUUUUAUGCCUGUUAUGUGAUACUGAACAAAAUGAUAGCAAUUACUCUGUUAGCUCUGGAGUCGCUUCAAUACCAAAUAUUAUUCCGUUUUAAUCACCAAAAGAUCAGCACUUCUUGAAUUGACAUACCCGCAGAGUUUUACCGUAAGAAAAACUUGUAUAAUCUUUAGCUUCAGGUUGCAUCCCCCUCUACAAAUUUUGUUCUGUGUCACAACAAAUGUUCUGUGUAUGUUGUAAAACACUAAUGUCUUGUUUUCGAAUAAUCACUCAUUGAUUACAUGGACAACUAAAGAAUCUGAACACCAGUAAGUAUGAUUGUAUGCAUCCCUGUCUCACAGAUUUCCUACCUUUAGUUCCCUCACUCAGUUAUCAAAAUUAUGUUCUCGAUGUUACACUAGUUGUAUUUGUAUUUCAAUCCUUGCACCUUGCCCUUUUUUUGUUCUGGUGGUUUUUCGUUUUUAUUCUUGUCUUUUAAUCUGUCCUAUCCUCUCAGGUAAUUUUUCAGUUUCUGGAUGUAUUUUUAAUUUGUAGUUUGGAGUAUUUUGCUUGAGUAUUUUUCCAUGGGAUUUCUUUUCUGUUUCUGAUUUAACUAACAUUAAAAUUCACAGAAAAGGUCUGUCCUUUUCUUGCAACUUGUUUUUGGUUAUUAUUUGAUAAAGCUGGUAUGCUACUUGGACGUAGUCUCGAUGUUUUUGUCACCAGUGUCUUAAAUUUUGGCUUGUUCAGACAUGAAAUUGAUGUGAACUAUAUUGUGGUUCUUAGUGGGAGGAGAAGACCCUACCUAUACAGGAAACGAGCCAUUCACAGAGGACGGCCAAACUUCCCAGAGGACCCAGAUGGUGCACCCGGGGCCGCAGAUGAACAGCCUCUCAAUGGUGCAAAACCUUUUUCAAACCGCCGUGAGAGGAGACGAAAGGUCAACAUGUCGGUGUGGGAGCAGAGAGCCAAUCAGCUACGCAAACGUCGCCAGAUGGCGAGUAGAGAGGAACUUUUUGCCAGCCCCACCGAGGACACCGCCGAAACCCCUACUGCUGCCCACCAUCCCGCCACCAUCUCCCCAGAGGCCAGCCCAGCUCACCUGCCUGAGUCCCCCAUGUCUGUCGGGAUGCCCCUCCCCGAGCCCCCUAUGUCCAUCUCCAUUCCCAUGCCAGAGCCUCCUACAGCCGAGCCUCUGGUCAACCUGAAUGAGGACAAAUCAGGAGGAGGAAAUCACAGAGCCACAGGAGGGGGAAGGCACAGGAUGGCCCGCAAGUUCAGACCCAGUCAGGGGCCGGACGAAGGGGCCAGACACAGACGCCACCGUCAUCGGGAAGCUCGACCAGAAGCCAAGAGUCUGGACUGUUCCCAAGUGCCACAUGAGGUGCUGCAAGUGAGACGGUCGCUCAGCCAAGAGAGGAGGGUACUGGAUGAGAGGGAGGAGAAAUCAGAGGCGGAAAGAGGGUCAGUUCAAGACGACUGUGGAACAACCAUCAUUAACCCGUAUGCAGAAGUUGGAGAAGACAACAGAAGGUAAGCUCAUUCUUAUGUUUCUCUGAUGGAGACAUUUUCCUAAAGAGUGAAUGACAAGUCUCUCACAAUCCAAAGCACAUUUUUACAUUCGUGUCUCUACCUUGUUAUUUAAUCCCUCUUCCUCCUGUGUGCUACUAUCUGCUGAAGGCUAUUUUGAUUGAAAUGUCAACAAAUGAUUUCGCCCCAUAAAAGGAAAACACCUUGACGUUUCUCUUUUUAGCUUUUUUCAAAUGAUGAGAGAAAGGUAAUAUGUAUAUAUUCUACUCAUUUAAUCUCACUGAAAUACGAUCCCCUUAAAUGAGGCGAAGGUGAAAAAACUACACCAUCACUUGAACUUGACAAAGUAGCUGCCGAGGGCAAACACUUCAGACUCUGUUUGGCGUGUCCUCUUUUUGACUCACAGUAGUAUAUCUCUUUAUAGUUCCAGGAAAAAGGUAUAGAGCUAAUGCUAAAAGUGCUCCGCUAGGCGAGACAGCAGUAUGCAGAAAUUUGUAGUAACACUUUAAGGUACACAAAAUUACAGUAGUUAAUGAGGAACUAAUCAAGAACUAAUGAGGAACUAAUGAGUAGUUACUGAGCAACUGAGGUACUCAAAGUUAGAGUAUAGUUACUGAGGGGCUAAGGUACACAAAAUUAGAGUAGUUAUUGAGGAACUAAUAAGUAACUAACUAUUAGUUAAUGGCCAGUUCUUCAAGAACUCCUGACCAGAUUUCAGUGGAGUAGUUACUGAGGAACUAAGUAGGAACUCAUGGAGAGGAUGUGCCAGGUUGUCCUGGACGGUACACAUGGCCAUGAUGAAGUAAUGAUUCAGUACUCAUAAACUAGUACUUACGAUGUCAUACUUUAAGGUACACAAAAAGGUAGGUAAUGACUAAGUAAUAGUUAGUUCCUCAGUGACUAAUUUGUUCCUUGUUAGUUCUUUUUUAUGUUCCUGAUUUGCUCCUCAGUAACUAUUCAUUAGUUCCCCACUAACUACUCCUCUGAUAUUUGAUCAGAGGUUACUGAAACUCUGACUAUUUAAUAGUUACUUUAUCGUUAUUUCCUCACUAACUACUUCUCUGAAAUUUGAUCAGGGGUUACUGAAGAGCUGACUAUUAACAAAUAGUUAGUUUAUUAUUACUUCCUCAGUAACUACUCUAAUUUCGUGUACUUAAGUUCCUUAGUAACUGGUCAUUAGUUCCUCAUUAGUUAUAAUAAUGCAUCAGAUUUUAUAGUGCUUUAUCAGAGCUCCUCAAAGUGCUUGACAUUGGAUACAUCAUUCAUUCGCUCACACACUCACACCUCGGUGGUAGUAAACUAGUAGUCAUCUUAGUAGUCUCUUACCAUCACCACACAACACUCACAAUCAUACACUAGUGGAGGACACACUGGGAGCAAGGUGGUUAAGUGUCUUGCCCAAGGACACAAUGGACAGACUAGGGACAGAGGGAAUCAAACCAUCAACCGCUCUACCUCCUGAGCUACCUGUAGUCUUUCUCAGUAACUACUACAUUGUUGUGUACCUUAUUGUAAAGUGUUACCAACUUUGUAAUACAUAAAAAAAGCCAACAUUCAUGGGUUAACCAUGAAACUUCAGCUUCUUAGCAUGCUAACAGAUGCACAUUUUAUUAAAUAAUUUAUCUGAUAGACACCCUGGUCAGAAGUGGAUUACAAUGAAAUACCCACCAAUGCCAAGAAAACAUACUUAGAUACUUGUUGAACUGAUUUAAGCUUUUCUUCCCCGUGUCAGAUCCACUCUGCCCGGUGCCGACAUCCCUGAGCCUCCCCAGUGCGAUCAGCUGCUGGACUGUUCCUGGUCCGAGCAGGGUGAAGGUAGACACACAGACCAGUACCAGCCCGUGGAGUCCGCCUUAGAGGCCACGGAGUACACUGUGAGGACCAUUGAGUCAGAAAGCCGCCCUGUCUCCCUCAAACGUAAUAAAACCAACCUGGAAGGAAGCGUGGCCAUCGAAAUGUCAGCACAGCCACUACUGGAGCUCACGCCCAUGACAGGUAACGCCGUGACUACUCUCACCGCAGUCACACUGUUUCACUGAGCAUCAUCAAGUGGGAUUAAGCGUCGGUAUCACUCUGUCUCACCGUGUGUAGGUGUUCCUGACAUCUGAUAAAGAGUGCCACACUUUUUUUUUUUUUUUUUGAUGCAUCUAUUGUGCCGGUGACUCACAUUCUUUCUCUUUUCGUAGCAGUCCACGAAACCGCUUAAACAUUCACUUCUCUCAAAUCUCCGUCUGGGUUUUAGUGAACAGUAAAGAGUUGGAGGCAUACAGCUCCGACCAGAAGGAUGAUGAUGAUGAUGAUGAUGAAACGGAAGAUGAGGAGCCUCCCAUUCCUCCUAAACCUGUAGCUCCAGACAGCAUGUUUAUCUUCAAAGCCUCCAACCCGUAAGAUAAAACUAGUCCAGAGAAUCAUUUUCAGUGUAUGAUAUUUAACUCUUCGAAUCACUGUUGACUUCUUACCUUCUGCUGAUUUGCAGUAUCAGGAGGAUAUGCCACUAUGUAGUCACGAUGCGCUACUUUGAGAUGACCAUCCUCCUUGUGAUCGUGGCGAGCAGCAUUGCUCUGGCUGCAGAGGACCCUGUGUGCACAAAUUCAGACAGAAAUAAGGUAAAAUCAACGGAGAUCUCACCAUUUUAAGAUUAUACAUGAUUGUGCCAGACACCAGCCUGAGGUCAGCUCAUUUAAGCUGCAAAAUCAAGAUAGGCGACACAACAAUUUGAACACGUCAGCAAACAAACAUGUUAAUAGCUGUUACUCACAGCAAACAAAUCUGCCAUCACAAGUACAAAGACUGUGAAAUUUAGCUGUUUUAAAAACACGAAUAGACGAGAAUCUAUUCAGCAAUGCUGAUUGUUCCUCCAGUGAUUGUUGUGUGUGAAGUAGCCUUCAAGUUAAGGUUCAUUUGUCUCCAAAUUUCUCCCUCAGAAAAGAAAUUCUUUGAAAAGAACAAAAUAUUUAAAAAAAUAUAAAUCCAACAUACUCUUUUGACACCAAGGAGGACAUUUAUUUGCCUCAGGUUGGCUGUUUGAUCUCUAGUUGACAUAACACUGUCUCAGCAACAAUGUGUCGUGACACAUUUGGUUUCACGCACAUCCAAGGUGACAAUCAGCAGCUUUGACUGGGACAUCGCUGUGCAAAUUGUUUUUCACAGUUUUAUUACAACUCAGCUUCAUGAAAAGUGUCAAGCGUGACCGGAUGAGCACAAAGUAGUAGAUCGACAUUGUAGCUGGCUUCACUGCUGGCAGAGAAACAGAGUCAAGAUACACACAAAGACACAUUUGAAAUGUCAGUCAUUUUCUAUAGUUGGAUGGCAUCCCCACAGGCCCUGAAAAGACAUCUGUCUGAAGAUAUGUUUUUUAUGGUGGCUGUGCAGCUGUUGAAACAGAGCAGUAACACUUACAAAGAAGCUAAAAGAUUCACAUUUGAUCCAUUUAUUUUUACAUUUUAGCCCUGGUGAAGUGAUGCCUCCCUCAACACCGUUGUUUGGUUCGGUUACAGGCUCAAAAACCUUUUCUUUUUACUGCAUUAAACCACUAUUACCUGUGAUCCUUGGUGGUGUAAGAGGUGAAUCAGGCUCCUCACUUUCAAUCUGCACUGAGGUCUUGCAUCCUGUUAAUAAUGUACUCUUUAAAGGGCAAUUCCACUCAGCUCUGUAAUGUGUUUGAUUCUGCCAGAGAGGGAAGAGGUUGCAUCUUGAGAGUCAUGAUCUGUAUUUCAGACAAAAAUUCAGAAUAUCUAGCCUGUAACUUGAAGAUAUGUUUCUAUACUCUUAAGAUGGGGCGAUAUUACUGCAAAUGCUGCUCAAUAUUUCUAUGAAUCUUCUUUGCCUGUCAGCAGAUCCAUAAUUUUUAAAGCGCUCUUGCAUAUUCCUCCUACUUCUGUGGCAGUGUUUGUUUCCUGAGGCUAUGGUUUGCAUAGAUCUCACUAAUAUAGCCUUAGAAAGUGUCUAUUCAAAAGAAGUGGCUUUGAGUUGAUCUGUGUCUUUUUGUCUUUUAUUGGUGUUACUCUACACUUGUUGUGAUCCAGGUCCUGCGUUAUUUUGAUUAUGUCUUCACCGGAGUCUUCACUUUUGAAAUGAUCAUCAAGGUGAGUGACUGAAGCAUGUUUCAAUAUAGAUCGCACUCUUUUAAAGAACUCUUAUCAACUCAUCAUGAACUCCGAGGUAUUUAAAUCCCUGUGUAUCUGUGUGUGUGCUUGUACAUAUUUACCUUACAGAUGAUAGACCAGGGUCUCAUUCUGCACGACGGCUCUUACUUCCGAGACAUGUGGAACAUCCUGGACUUCAUCGUGGUGGUGGGAGCUCUCAUUGCCUUUGCUCUAACGUGAGUCACCGUAUAGUGCCGCCUGUUGAUGACUAAUGACUGACUCACUGCAGCAAAUCGUUUUCUGAGCAUACAAUAUUGUUAUAAACGACCUUCCUUUAAAGACCCGUUUUUCAAAAAAAGCAGUCUGGUCCAAUGACAAAGGAGCAGCUCUUAACUGAUGGCAUGCCUGGGUCUGUGAAGCGUGUAACUCAGAUUUAACUGUUGGUAUGGAUUUCUGUGUAAUUUGGGAGAAUUCACAUGGGCGAGAUGUGUCAUGAGUGCUGUUAAAAAGCCUCGACUGUAUUUGUUUCUGUUGUCGUUCCCAGCCCAAGUGUGACGGAUAACUGACUAAACCUUUUUUCCGCCUUCUGUUGUACUGUACAGGACUGUACUGUGGAUUUCUCUGUUGUGAAUAUAACUGUGAUCUUCUGAGCUUUGCUCACAGUGAUUCUUUUUUUAUGCCUCGAUUUUUUUUCUCUGUUGUUCCUGUGGAUUUUAUCACUGUUGGGGCUACCAGGAAUGUGAUGGGGUAAAAAUUUCUGUCACACUAAAUGUCAAUGUCUUCCAUAAGCUUAAAAUGUAGAUCUUUAAUUUUUGUUUGUAUUUAUUUUUGACUUGUUUUUGUCAUGUCUUUUAAAUCUCACCAAUAUGUUUCAGGGGUUCAAUGUUGGACUAAUAGGCUUCCCUAAAAAAAACACUCUCGCCUUUCUAGUUCUACCCUCUUUUUUUGCUGAUUGACAUAAACAGGUUUUUAAGCUCAAAAUAAAUCCUAACCUUAUGUCUCAAUGCACACACUGCUGAUAUUUUGUUUGAUAAAGAUAAAAUCAAAUAAAUUGUGUAAUUCAAUGUGAUGCCCUUGAUAGGAGAAAAUUAGUUGGCACUACGCAAAAAUACUCACAUAUUUAAAAAACUACCGCUCACCUUUUUUCAGUACAUUAAUACAAAUAUGAUAAGAGCAGGUGAAGAAAUUAAAUUAAUUUUAACCCAAAUUUAAGCUUCAAAUAAAUCAGUGAGGUUUUCCCUUAAUUAUAACAAACUGAAAUAGAUAGAGGGACGCACAGACACGUACAAAUACACACAAAGAAAUAAAAGUGUAAAAGCCAUAUCACACUGGUAUGUUUUUUACAAAAACCCGGAUUUGUGUUCACAAAGACUUAGUUAAGAAUUACAAAUAAAUGAUCAGCAUUUUAACCCCUGACACCUGCUGGGCUUUCUACAAACACUCUCAAGAUGAACUUCUGUUUUCCACUGCACUUUUUUUAUAUGCACUACUAUCACCAUUUUGAUUUGACUGUUUGUCCCUUCUUUCACUGUUAUAAAUGUAACCAGACCGUGUCUUCUUGUGCCUUUAGCUCGAGUUUACAGCCAUAUCUCUAAGUGCUUUAUUUCAAUGUCAACAGAAACAACAAAGGCAGAGACAUCAAAACAAUCAAGUCUCUCAGAGUUCUGAGAGUUCUGCGGCCUCUUAAAACCAUCAAGAGGCUCCCGAAACUCAAGGUACGGUGUAAAAGUUUGCACGCGCUCUGCUGUAUUUUGAUUUCUGGCGGUAUUUCACAGACGUCUGACGGGUUGCUCUUCUCUGCAGGCUGUCUUUGACUGUGUGGUCACAUCUCUGAAGAACGUCUUCAACAUCCUCAUCGUGUACCAGCUCUUCAUGUUCAUCUUUGCCGUCAUUGCUGUGCAGCUCUUCAAGGGGAGGUUCUUCUACUGCACCGACAGCUCUAUGAACACUGAGAAAGAAUGCCAGUGAGUGACUGUGACUGAAAAACGCUCCACAUUUUAAAUAGGGGCAGGGUAAUACUUCAAGUAGUGAAGGUCCUGUCCUCAAUAUUGUACUUAAGUAAAGGCUAAAAUAUCCAGAAGUCAAAUUUCUUAUAAUGCAAUGUUGCUGAUAAUCAAGGUUAGCUUGUUUGCUGGGGGAGUUAACAAACUGAGAGGAAAUAGUGUCAUUUUCCAGACUUCCAUGCUAUAGGACUACUUUCUGCAACCGGUUGAAUCGCCCCCUGCUGGGCCAUUUAAGAAAAAGUCAAUGUGGUGGACUGCAAAGCUUCACUUCUAGACAUUAAUAGUGCAAAGGCAGGACAGGGUGUUAUCUCUCUUCAUUUGAAGUUGAAGUUGAGUUUAGUGAGUCAAUGACCCGUGGACUGCUCUGUUUCCUACAGAGGCUACUACAUCGACUACAGCAGAGACAAGAAGGAGGUGAAGAGACGAGAGUGGAGGAGACACGAGUUUCACUAUGACAACGUCUGCUGGGCGCUCCUUACGCUUUUUACUGUCUCGACUGGAGAGGGAUGGCCUCAGUAAGUAGAUUAAUACUAAAAAAAAAAAAAAAAACACUUCAGCAGUAUGACCUUCAUAAUCUGCCAGAUGAGCGAAACAUUUCUGUUCACUCGCCUGGAAAAGAUCAUUUAAAUCUCCUCAUUUCCUGCCAGGGUCCUGCAGCACUCCACCGAUGUGACAGAGGAGAACAUCGGGCCGAGUCGAGGAAACCGGAUGGAGAUGUCUGUUUUCUACGUGGUCUACUUUGUGGUCUUCCCGUUCUUCUUCGUCAACAUCUUCGUGGCUUUGAUCAUCAUCACCUUCCAGGAGCAGGGCGACAAGAUGAUCCAGGAGUGCAGCCUGGAGAAGAAUGAGGUGUGGACGAGUUAAACACAGUCGCACAGAAGAAGCAUUCACAUAUGUCCACUUAACAUCUCUGUGUAUUUGAUUUUUGUUUUUUUAUCUCCACCAGAGAGCUUGCAUAGACUUCGCCAUCAGCGCAAAGCCGAUGACCCGCUACAUGCCCCAGAACAGACAAACGUUCCAGUACAGACUCUGGCACUUUGUGGCUUCACCCUCUUUUGAGUACACAGUGCUGGUCAUGAUCGCUCUCAACACUGUGGUCCUCAUGAUGAAGGUAAAAAUGAGGAAAUUAAGAAACAUUCUCUUAUGCUCUCCACCCAAGCCCUCCCUCACCUUCUUUCUCCCUAAAUCACAGUCACUUCUUCACAUUCAUUUGUAUUUUUAUCUGUUAUACACUAUUCAACUGGUACAAUAAUUCUUUUUAUUAUUAUUGCAUAUAACUGCUUAAAAGCUGUUUUGUAAAAAUCCAUUUUAACAUGAGAAUGUCUUUAAGUGAUUCACAGCUGUAUUUUUAGAAAGAAAAAGUAAAACAUUUCAACAAUCUGAACUGAACCUCUGAUCCUCUCAUCAGACUCCUUUACUUUCUCAGUUGAGCCACUGGUUCAAUUUACCCCAGAACUACUAUUAUGACUUCAUUCGUCCUCUUAGCUAAAAUGGUGGACUUCUAUGUUAGGUUUUUGACCUCAUGUUGUAGCUCAUCGAUACAAUUGAUGUUUAAAACAAAUUUAAAAUGAUCUUUUUUGGUCUGAACACAAUUCUAAUCAAACUUAUGACAGACUAAAUUCACUUUCAAGAGUGAAAAACGUUUUUUUUUUCUUGUAAAUAAAUGUCUAACCUCUUCACCCAUGUGCUUCUGACCUUCACAGACUCCAUGAAUUGAUGCCCAUCUUCUAAAUAUUUAGUCCCAUGAGCAAUGUCUUUUACCAUUUCCAAGCAACCCUUUAGCUCAACUUACCCCACUCUCCCUAUAUCCAAAUGUUAACCAUACUGUCUCUUUUCACUUAGUACCAUUCGGCCCCGACAGCCUACGACACAGUCCUGAAACACCUCAACACAGCCUUCACCGUCCUCUUCUCUUUGGAGUGUAUCUUAAAGAUUAUGGCGUUUGGUUUUGUGGUAAGUCUUUAAAAUAAAAGAGGAAAACUCGACAAAGUAGAAUUUGUCUUCUCCAGUCGUAAGAAUUCAAACAUUUUUCUUUCCUUUGCCACAGAACUACUUUCGAGACACUUGGAAUAUUUUUGAUUUCAUCACUGUUCUUGGCAGCAUCACUGAGAUAAUUGUGGAUUUACAGGUAAGCGACUGCCAAGACAGUUUUUUCUCACUUUCACACUGUGGUGACCCAAAAUAAAAGCGCCGGAAAUAUCCGGCUCUAAACACAGCGUUUUUGUUUUUUUUUCUGUCCGAGUCUCCUGGUGUGCUGCGAUCCCUGCCUCCUGACACAACUUAAGUCAUGUUGUGAUGAAUCUUGCCAUCUGUGUUUUUACAUCAUGCCUCUGCCGUCUGUCUGCCACUCUCUCUCUCUCUCUCUCUCUCCUUCCUCUCGUGUCGCCCUCUCUCCAACUACCCAUGCUUGUUUUCCUAGUCUGUGAACACAAUCAACAUGAGUUUCCUGAAGCUUUUCCGGGCAGCCAGGUUGAUCAAGCUGCUGAGACAAGGAUACACCAUCCGAAUACUGCUGUGGACGUUUGUACAAUCUUUUAAGGUCACGUUUCAGUCAGCGUCUUCUCACAUGCCACUUGAUGAUUUUGUGAUUUUGUCAAUAAAACUUGAACUUUUGUGACAAGUUGAAGUCACGUCUUUGCUUUCUUUCUUUUCUCCAACAGGCUCUACCGUACGUCUGUCUCCUUAUUGCGAUGCUUUUCUUCAUAUACGCCAUUAUUGGAAUGCAGGUAUCCUCUCUCUAAUGUAUUAAAAUCUACAUAUUAGACCACCAUAGCUCUACUUAGAGUAGUUUUAGUUUUUCAUGCUCAGAUUACAGAAUUACUUUUUAUUCUGGACUGCAACUGCUUGAGAAAAUAGAGAUCCAGUUGACCACACAGCUCACCUUCCUGGUGGUUCUGUCGUUUUCUGCAGGUAUUUGGAAACAUCAAACUCAAUGAUGAGAGUCACAUCAAUCAACACAACAACUUUAAGACCUUUUUCAGUGCGCUGAUGCUGCUCUUCAGGUGGGUUCACCGGGAAACAUCCUCUGAGCUUAACGCCUUCAGUUUCACUCCUUCAAAAUGGAUCUUGAUGUGACUUCAGCCCGUCAUGUGUCUUUGUUUUACCUCCAGGAGUGCCACUGGGGAGUCCUGGCAGGAGAUUAUGCUUUCGUGUCUCUCAGGUCAGGAGUGUGAGCCCGACCCUUCCAUGGCCCCCUUUACUCUGUCUCCAGACCACGAAGGAGGCUGCGGGACCGACUUUGCUUACUGCUACUUCGUCUCAUUUAUCUUCUUCAGCUCCUUCUUGGUAUUCACUCUCACAAAUACGCUCAUUUUGUACUGUUUCCCCACUUUUCUGACCACAUCUUUCCUCUCUUCACUUCCCUUUUCAGAUGCUGAACCUGUUUGUGGCUGUGAUCAUGGAUAACUUUGAGUAUCUCACGAGAGACUCCUCCAUCCUGGGUCCACAUCACCUCGAUGAGUUUGUUCGUAUCUGGGGGGAGUAUGACCGUCUGGCGUGGUAAGACCUUAAUCCUCACGCAUUUUCACAUCUACUUCAUUUUCACUGAAUCAACAGUCAUGUUCUAUAUUUAUCCAGCAGAGGGCCAUAGAAGAGUGUGGGAUGGUUGUGCAUUUUUAAGUGCAGUGAGCCUCAAGCUGAUAUGAUUCAAGUCUAAAAGAGCUCUCAGAGUUCACAGCGCUGACAUCUUUUAGCAGGAAAGAAAAGUUGUAAAUAUGUCAAAUGUAAAAUUAGCUCAAGAACCUGAAGGGAAACUUGUGCCACUCUUUAAACUGACUUCACUCAUCCCUCCUGUGUUUCCUUUAAAGUGGUCGUAUCCACUACACCGCCAUGUACGAGAUGUUAACACACAUGUCACCGCCGCUGGGCCUCGGCAAAAAGUGUCCCGCUAAGAUUGCCUAUAAGGUACUGAAAAUACUAGCUUUUAUCACACAAACACAGUAUUUAGCUGUGAACAUUUAUCAUAGAUGUAGCAGAUUAGAGUGGAUUUAAUUCUUCCUUUUCUGUCUCUGUCCUUCGUUUAAAUCUCAGAGGUUGGUGUUGAUGAACAUGCCUGUGGAUGAGGACAUGACUGUCCACUUCACUUCCACCCUGAUGUCACUCAUCCGCACAGCUCUGGAGAUCAAAAUAGCACGAGGUCAGAGAAACCAAGAGGCUAUCAGGAUACGCAAUCAAGGGCUGCAGCUUGAGUUGAAGUUUCAUUUUUGUCCGAUAAGCAAUAAAUAGUUUUGUCCAUGAAAUGUCAAGAAGAGCAAAAACCCUGAUUAUUAUCCAAAUACUGGUUUAAUUUGCUCUCUUUUUGAUGUCAAACAUGGAUGUUUAAAAAUGCGUCUUUGCCACAGGCGGUGAGGAUCGUGUCGCUCUGGAUACUGAACUGCAGAAAGAGAUCAGCAUCAUUUGGCCUUAUCUGCCACAGAAGACUUUGGAUCUUCUGGUACCUAUCAACAAAGGUCUGACUAAAACUACAGACAAAUUACUCAAUGUAAUUCUGAGGAAGGAACCUUUAAGGUCAAUAAAACGUGUUUCUUCUCACAGAUACUGACAUGACGGUGGGGAAGAUCUACGCUUCGAUGAUGAUAAUGGACUACUUCAAACAGAACAAAGCCAAGAAACUCAGGCAACAACUUGAAGCUCAGGUCAGCUUUGAGACCUGUUGGUAACUUAAAUAAACCUUGCUGCGUCUUUUUUCUCUUGCACUAAUAAUAAAAAACUUUUUUUUUUGAGAAGGGAAGGUCCAAAAAAAUCCCAAAUCACAGCUUUAUUUCCUCCUAAAUGACAAGAGGCAGAUAUUUAAGGCAAAACUUGAUCAGUAACAAGAGAGUGGUUCACCUUGAAUGCUGUGCCAGCUUAACUCGGAUAAUGAAACAGAAAUAAGCUACAUCUGCUCAUGUGAUGUGAAAAAUAAAUGAACUGAAGCUGUGAGUUUAAAGAAAAUGGUGGAUAGGACCCAGAUGUAGACUUCACAGGUAGAAAUAGAGCUGUACAAGAGUUUUAUUGCAGAAAGACGGUGGGAUAAUUGCGAAGGGAAAAGUGUAGAAGUCAAGAGUCGAAACCAACAGAGAGCAGUUACAGCUGACCUGGAAAAAGACCGAGGCAGCAGAGCAGAGCAUCAUGGUAUUUUUAUUUGUUCUCUUAUUACAGAAGAGUAACUUGAUGUUCAAGCGUCUGGACGCAUCCACCCUCCCUGAGGACAUUCUGUCCAACACCCAGACGCUGCCCAUGAUGGGCCACAGCGCCGGCUCAGCCCUGUGAGUCUGAACACCUGCAGAUUUGCUACACUGGUACUCCUGUCUCUAUUUAUGUCUUAGUUUAAUGUUUGCUUCUGUCCAAAUACAGGACCAGAGGAGGUUUUGUGGCUUUGAGCCCCAUCUCACCACAGGAGCUAUUUAUGCAGCCCAUAAGCUCUGAUGUUGAUGUUAGUCAACAGCAGAAUUUGGUAAGAAACGACACUGAUGCAGUACGACCUUUGAUACCACAAAUAUGUCACGGAGCAGUGGUUCACAACCAUGAAAUCCCUGUUAACUUGUUACAAAUAGACCAUGUGUACAGUCCUUUAUUAUGGGCUGUUUAUUUGAUACUUUUACCCUUCUAAAUUUUUUAAACUUAACACAAUUACUUGAUGAUUUUGGAAACCUUAUAUUUUUGUCAGAGGUGCAACACAUGCCAGUGGCUCCAAGUUAAAUGACGCACUGUAGGCACAAAACAGACAAAAAUAUUCAAGUAUAGUUGAGAUAAGGAACGAGCAGAUGUAUUUUUGUAAACAAAAAAGCACAAUGCCAUUAUGAAUACCUUUAAAAAAAAUAUCUAUUUAUGCUGCUUUGGUCCAGACCAGUGGUUGGAUGUUUCCCUGCUCCAACACACCUGAUUCAAAUGAUCAGCUCGUUAUUAAACCAUGACAGAGCUUGAUAACGAGCUGAUCAUUUGAAUCAGGUGUGUUGGAGCAGGGAAACAUUCAAAACAUGCAGGACAGUGGGCCUCGAGGACUGGACUUGAGAACCACUGGUCCAGACCAUUAACCAUUUGUGGAUGGCUAGCCUCUACCUCCUCUUACAAAAGUAAAGCCAAAACACUUUUUGAAGAGAAGGUGGUUGUUAGCCAUCCAUAAAUGGUCUCCAGGGGGAGCUCUAAGUGUUUUCACUUCAGGAGAGCUCCCCCUGGAGAGCAGUUCAAUGAAAACAAUACAAAACAUGAUAUUAUUAUCAUUAUUACAAUGUACAGUUACUAGGGGUGGGAAUCACUAGUGGCCCUAAGAUCAGAUAUUAUCACGAUACUUGGGCCACGAUACGAUAUUAUUGCGAUUUUUAACAUUUUGCAAUACAGUGAGUAUUGUGAUACAAUAUAUUGUGAUUUAUACAAAUUAUUUCUACUGUUUAGCUAAUUUAGCAUUUGUCUUUUCUUUAUGUUUGGCUUAUUUACACAGUAUUUUAAAUUCAUGUGGCACAUCUUGCAAACCUCAUAUACAUUUGUUGUUCUAACUUUCUCCUGCUCUAUGGUGUCACCUCUGCUAACCUCACUGGACAAACAGUUGAUUUUAUUUUUCCAUUAUCAUAGAUUUGACCUCAUAUUCGCAAUUAACUUGCCAGUCUGAAAACAGGCGAUCUUAAGCGGUGUCUUAAUGUUAAAAAUAUCUCUUUCUCUAUUGCAGCGAACACUCACAGACUUGCUCAAUAAAAGCCGUGUUAAGCAGACCAUCAGUUUUAAAAUGCAUCCAGUGAAACAAAAACUGCUCCCAUAUCAGUGGAACCAUCCUGGAUACUUAUCCAGCACUGAUCGAGGAUAACAGUGGGUGAGGGCUUAGCUGAGUGAAUCCACUUCAGAUGUGAAGUGCAGCUUGCACCAGGCAUGAGUUAGCCUACGUCACACACUCAAAGCCAUAAUCUCUCAACAUUUCUGCCUCCUUAUAUAACACAGCAUGUUACAGUCAGGACAAUCAAACAAAAGCAGUUACAUGGAAAAGUAACUAUUAGGUGUUGUAGUUCUGUAAUAGAUCUAGUCGGUGCCUGCAAGUAAAAUAAUAGAUGUGUGUGUCAUGAGUCGCUGAUGUGCGUUGCCUUUUAAGAUUACUCUUACAAUCCUUGAUUUAAAGGUUUGAACCACUGUCCCAGAGCAAAGACCUACAGACUCAACAUUUACAAAUGACAUCUUUCUUUUUUUGAUUUCAGUGUUUAAUGCCUCACCAACAUCAAGAUGUUUUAAUUUGUAUUAAGUUGUUUCAAUGGAUGACAUUGCUGUGACCUUUCUCACUGCGUUGCAGAGCUCGGCAUUGCUGCUGUCUGUGCUCCCGUCUUUUAUUCCUGUGGAGGUUGGAUUAUCUAAGGCAGACUGUCAAACAGUCGUUUCACUGUGUCUAGACCGUCUGGUUUAACUGGUUUCACGUUGCCUGAUUGAUCAAUGACAUGAACUUAUUCUGAGAUGUCCACGUUUUUAGUCCUUGUUUUUGCACAGGAAUGUGUUCAACCCCCCCAGAAAGAUGUUGUGUGACACUCUUUGUGUAGCUAUUGGGACCUGAACCUGCAUGAUGGAAUGAACUAGGCUGACACAUGGAGUCCAUCUUUCCCUGUGAACUGUUUUUUUGUUUCUCGUCUCCUCUUGUCCACUGUUUGCUCCUCUUACUCGGCUCACACUGUUUCUAUUCCUCUCCCAAAGUCAGUCAGUCGUCUGUUGCUAGUUGUUGAUUUGUUUGUUUCUGGCUGGAAUGGCUCUGAUGGUGAUGGCUAUGAUAGAUGACCCUCAGUGAUUACAUGGCUUGUCUGCCCUCCUCUCUCCUGAAACGGACCUUCGUAUAGAGGGGUGGGCCUGAUCUGCGUUCUGUCUCUCCUUGCCCUCCUCACUUGUGUCUGUACUCACCUAGGUGGGCGAGUGCACUUUGGGGAUUGAACCCCCAAUGGAGCUUCCUGUGGGGAGGGGCCUGUGUGUGCGGGCCUCUUCCAUGCCUCGUCUGGCUGUAGAUUUGCAGGUACACACAUCUUCCUUGACCCGGCCUCUGUACUGGAUCUUGAGGACGUCAGUGGCUGCAUGGGCUCUGAUGCCAAAGUGCCUGGUUUCUAAUGUGCACGAGACGCAGAGGAGUUUAAAUCAGUAGAUUUACGCCUCGUCUUUUCUUUGUUGGGAGUUUUAUUAAGGAUAAAGGAGCUUAAACUGUGAGGUGUGACGUUUGAAUGCCGAUGCCUUGCCUUCUUACCUUGAUCUUUUUCACCUCCAGAAUAGAGGAAACUAAACCCAACAAAUCUAUUUGGAUGUUUUGCGUGUUUGCUCACCUAAGCAUGAUUUUAUCCAACAAAUUCUCUACAAUGGUCCACUUGUUUCUACUUGAAUUUACAGCACGUUCAAUGUUUUCUCUGUGCAUGUACCUUGUUCCUGCAUGUGUGUCUCGUUCCGUAUGGGUGUUUUCACAUACCAAAGCAGACAGAAGUCGCAGGCGGCUCGAUGAAGCGUUCAGUCUCCACUGUUGCCGACCAGCGGGUGAACGGACUUUGGCAGGAGGAGCCGAGUCCCGAGCGAGUGUAUCGACCUCGCCACAAAAGCUACAAGGCUGCUGGUUAGUCUUGCCACGUGAUGUGUUUUUUCAUUACAGUCAGAGAUUUUGAAUUCAAGUUCAAUUUAAGUGUAUAAAAGUAAAAAUAUCACGUGACUGACUCUGUGGCUGGAAAUACUUUUUGAUUGGAACAUUAUUGACGAUUAGGUUUGCAUCUUUGGUGGUUGACGGUACUAUAAAGUGGAUUCAUUAUUAAGUGGAAAUGCUGAUUAAGCAUUGACCUGGUUAUUACCUGGUCAUACCUCUGGUUAUGACCUGGUUAUUACCUGGUUAUGAACUGUUUUUUUCCUGGUCAUAACUCUGGUUAUGACCUGGUUAUGACCUGGUAAUUACCUGGUUUUGACCUGGUUAUGACCUGGUUUUGACCUGGUUAUGACCUGGUUAUUACCUGGUUAUUACCUGGUCAUAACUCUGGUUAUGACCUGGUUAUGACCUGGUUAUUACCUGGUCAUAACUCUGGUUAUGACCAGGUAAUAACCAGGUCAUAACUCUGGUUAUGACCUGGUUAUUACCUGGUCAUAACUCUGGUUAUGACCUGGUUAUGACCUGGUCAGCAUGAAUGCAAUUUUAAUUUAUGAAGCACAUUCAUACUAUACUAUUUGUACUUCAACAAUUUUCACUUUCAUUUAACUUCUACUUCUUCUUCAGCCCUUUAACCAAUAUUACAUUUAAACCUUCUUCCAUUUUUUUAGCAGUUUUGCAUUGCAUUUUCAGCUUUCAGCACUCAGCAUUUCCACGCAUUUUCUGCAAGGAAACGCAAUUUUCUAGUUAUUUUAGUAUCUUGGUUUGUCAAUGACACACAGAUCAGUGGUCUGAAGGUGCAAGGUUUCUGUAUUAGUAGGUGUUAAGGUGAGUUAGUUGUGCACUUUGAAAAGUCUCCUUUUUAGGGAUAAAGAAUUACAUAUUAAAGCUAACAAAGGCUUUUUUAAAUAACGCCACAGCUGCUGAUACAAAGUGUUUCUAUAACGGUUUGUUCUCCCCUUAGGAGCAACAAACUGACAGCAAAUAAGCUGAAACUUAAUAUUAAGAUAAGACCAGUCAUGAAGAAUAAAGCUUGUCUUACUUUGUGGCUGUAAGAAAAUAAGAUCUGACAAGUUUGAUUGAGAGCCAUCAAACAGAUAGCUGCCCACAUGACAGUUUGAUUAAAGGCAGCUUUUGGUUUUAUAAGAGAGGAUACCAAACCACGAAACAAGGGAAAAGAGAGGAUAAAUAUAAUCAAAUAAAGUCGUGAAAGUUUUAUCAAUGUGGAAAGGAGACGAGAUUAAACACAUGCUGAUUUGCCCUCUUAAUUCUUUGCCCUUCUUUAAGAGUUUUCCUCCUCUAAAUAUCUUUUCCCUAGUGUCUCGGUCUGAGCACUGGCAGAAAGGUGAUAGGGAGCGUGGCAGGUCAAAGGAGCGCUGCCACCUCCUCUCUCCGGGAGCAUCUCGCUCGAACUCAGAGGAAAGGAAUAUGCAGCCGUCGCGAUCAUCCAGUACAGAGAGAGCACGGCCCCAGGAUAAACAGGUAAGUCUGAGAAACUGUCAAAAAUGCUUGAAACUGGAGAAAGGGUAAAGUUGAGAUCAGAGAUAGCUCUUAAAGACCUUUUGUUGAUCAGUUCACCAGAUGACCUGAUAACAAGUCAGUUCAUAGUCACUGUUUUUGAAUUUGGUGUUUAUUUUCAUCACCAGGGUAAUAGCUCAGACAGUCCAGUGCCCUCCACCUCAGAGUCCAGCACUCCCAGCGGCCGACGUCCUUCAUCCCAGACCCCCACUCGCUCUCGCCCUCACAUCUCCUACUCCCCUCUGGUUAGCCGCACUCAUCCCUCUGUUGGCGAGGACGAGGACGAACAAGGCAGCCCGGAAACCGUAAGGCGAGGCAAGCUCACCUGGGAGACCGAAGAGGGGGUCGCUGAUGAAAUGCAGAGCGAGGAAGGCCUCCACCCUUCCCCACCUCGACGCUAUCCCUCCGAGCCGUUCCUGGCCUCCCAAGAUGACGACCACAGCCCAGAUCCCUCCGGUCCCAUGGAGACGUUGACCUUUGAGGCUGCCGUGGCCUGCGCUCUGGGACGAUCAAACACCGUCAGCUCGGCCCGCCCACGCUUGCGGACUGGCUGGCAGGUCCCCAAUGGACAUUUUAGGAAGCGUCUGGCGCAGACAGUCUCUGCAUCUGGCUGUGAUACUCUCAGCGACACAGAAGAGGACGACAGGUGCUAG